GCUCGGCAGAGGGCAUUACCUGUGUAACAUGAUACCUGUGAGUAAUUGAAAGUAAAAGUAAAAUACAUUCAGCUUUUCCUUAUAGGUGGAGAUUUUACUUGUCGUACAUUGUACUCAAUCCUUUUGACACCCGGAGAAGAUUCCUAACAGCUAUCCUUGUGAUCUCUCAACAAGAAUCUAUUCUGGAUAAACCUCACCUUCCAUAAUGCCUCUGGCAAACGUUCACCUGGGUAAAUGGUGAGAAUUUUAAUUUCAGCAAUGAUCAUCUAGUGUAAAUGUUAAUUGAUCCUAGCUCAUUUAUUUAUUUUUUGAAGGUUCUUUUUUACAUUUGUGCUUCUUAAAAGAUUUAGAAGGUACUGGACACGUUAAAGGAGCUGCUUACCUGCUUGUUUGUUUACGGAAGGGCGUUUUAGAUUUCUUGCAAGUCAUAAUGAGUUGUAAGUUUAACUAUCGAUGUCAGCAUGCGUGCAGGCAAAAAAAAAAAAAAAAAGAAAUUCCCCCUAAGGAAAAGAUUUAAAAUAGGGUAUGGGAAUCAAGUCUCCCCCCUGCCACCCCCACCCCUGAAAAUAUUCAAAUUUUGUUCACCUGUAUUCAAAUAAGUGUCAUGAAAUAUUAAUUUGCAAUUGGAAAAGGACUAAUUAGGAGGUUUUUUUUUUUUAUAAUCAGUUCAGUGUGUCAGAUGACCCUCUCAGCCAAUAAAUGAUGUGAAAAGAUGCAAAAAAAAACAGCAGAUAAAGAGGAACGGGAAAUUCUUCUUUAACGAUACUGAGAAUUUUAAAAAGCAUUUUAACUUCUUACCAUGGGACAGUACAAGGGGACUCCUGGCAGGCUGCAGUGUUUAUAGUGGUCAGAGUGGCCCUUUAACCCCUUAUUAUUAUUAUUAUUAUUAUUAUUAUUUUAUUAUUUAUAUAGCACCUACAGAUUCCGUAGCGCUGUACAAUGGGUGGACUAACAGACACGUAAUUGUAACCAGAUAAAUGGACGCACAGGAACAGAGAGGUGGAGGGCCCUGCUCAAUGAGCUUACAUGCUCAAGGGAGUGGGGUAUAGUGACACAAAGGGUAAAAGUAGGGGUAUGAAGUAGGUUGUUAGAAAAGUAUUCAUUGAGGGCUUAGUAGGUAAUUUUUGACAGUUGCAGGAGAGGAGUCAUGGAGGGUGGGGGAUAGAAACCUGCUAACAGUUGAAUUUAUAUGCUUUCUUGAAGAAGUGAGUUUUCAAUUAUUUUUUUGAAUGAGUGGAGACUGGGUGAAAGUCUUAGGGAGAAGGGAAUGGAGUUCCACAGAAAAGGUGCAGCCCUGGAGAAAUGUUGGAGGCGAGCGUUAGAGGUGGGCGUACGGACAGAGGAUAUACGUAGGUCUUUGGCAGAUAACUCUUAGUAACAACAGGGCUGGCGAGUUUAAAAAAAAAAAAAAAAAAAAGUAUAUUUUGCCUAAAUUUUGCAGUUACUGUAUGUUUAGUUAAUACAUCCAAUAGUAUUGCUAAGAAGCCAAUUAAAUUAAUGUAAAAAUUCACACUCUGCUUAGUAAUACUUUAUUUUCAUGUACUAUUUGAUUUAUGACUGCUGAAAAGACAGAUAUAAAACUAUGUAUACAUUAUCUGAGCUACGAAUGCUGAAAUCCUAUAAAUAUACAAAACAUAUCAAAAUAAUUAAAAUGUAUUUGUUCUGAAUAAUUAUUCUAUAGCUGCAGUAGACAUUAUUAUACAUGAAAAUGUGAAACAAAAGGUUUCUUUCUCUAACUUUUUAAUAUUUUAAUCAUACAUAUUGUUGAAGUCUGUGUACAUAUUGCACAUCAAAUAAAAGCUGUUAUAUUCUGUUAAAAAAAUAAAUAAAUCACUAGACAAUAUGGACAGUUGUAGACAUCAAAAAAGUUUUAAAUAUUAAUGAACAUCUGUCAUCAAUGCUUUAAGUAAGGAAACCGUUAUGGCGGGCCAGUGCAAGUAGCGCAGUUUUUUAAUGAUUUAACCAUGUCGGUACUGCAGUUAGAUUGAACCUGAACCAUUUCUCAGACACCCCAGAGUUGCAUUGAACACAUAAGCAGAUGGCGAUAUGGAAAAAUUCCAAACAGAAAAACAUGGCAGAUAUCCUGUAGAUUAUAUUAUAAUUUAUUUGUUACUUAGUUUACACUUAAUACACUGAUGAAUUCACGUCUGAGCAGUUAUUGUCCUAUCCUAUCAGCAUAUGAAAUUCUUAGGUUUUUAAAUGCUUUUGUAACUGUAGAUGUGGGUUGAACUCUGUAAUACGAAAGGAAUGCUUGGAAAGAUUGCUUACCAUGUAACGUAUAGGAAUGUAUGCUGGUAGAAAGAGGCCUCAAAAGGUGGGACACUGUAGUCACAAAACAACUUUAGCUUAAUGAAUCCAUUUUGCUGUAUAGAUCAUGUCCCCGCAGUCUCAUUGCCUAAUUCACUGUCAUUCAGGAGUUAAUUCACUUUGUUUAUGCAGUCUAAUCAGACCUCCCUGCAUGUCUCACACAGCCUUCCUAAAUAUUUCCUGUAAAGUGAGAUCUAAUGUUUACACUUCCUUUAUUGCACAAUCUGUUUAAUUUAGAAUGUAUCUGCUGCUCUGUUAAUCGCCUUCUAAACCUUGCAUUGAGCCUUGUUUGUAAUUAAAGUUCAAUUUAAAGAACAGGAGAUAAACACUUCUAAAGCAAGUUAAAGUCUGAUUGAAAAGGAAACUUUUUAUUUUUCAUGCGGGCUGUGUCAGCGUAGGGAGGUGUGGCUAUAGCUGCAUAAACAGAAACAUGUGAUUUAAAUUGAACAGUAAUAAUCGCUUCAUUAAGCUUAUGUUAUUUUGGUGACUAUAGCGUCCUUUAAAUUUGAAAGGCACUUUGAAUUGACCUUGAAAUUCUCACUUGAAUAAAUGACCCAGCACGUAUCACAAAAACUAUUGUAAUUAUUUCAGAAUAUAUACAAUAAGUGUAAUUACAUUUAAAAUUCUGUUAGCAUUGCGAAUAUUUUAUAUGAUGUUAACGUUCUUUUCCUAAUUCUAGUAUAUAAAUUGGAAUCUCAAUGUACAAGGCAGAAUUGGUAAUGUCAGCUCCCAGUGAAGGAAACUCUGGCUUUGGGGUGAGUAAUAAUGAAUCAUUUACCCACUGGCUUUCAAUAUAGGGAAAUUCCAAACUGAAGCACAGUACUGUGUACAUUAACUGAAACUGGAAAAACCUGCAAAAUAUAGGGUUAUCUAACAAACAGUGAGCAGCACAGAGUUAAAGGGACUCUCCAGUGCCAGGAAAACAAAACGUUUUCCUGGCACUGCAGGUCCCCUCUCCCUCCGACCCCCCAUCUCAUGUUGCUGAAGGGGUUAAAAGGGACAUCAGCGCUGGAUACAGGUAAGUCACUGAAGGGAUUUUAACCCCGUCAGCAACAUGGGAUGGGGGUUGGGAGGGAGAGGGGACCUGCACAUGCCAGGAAAAUGGUUUGUUUACCUGGCACUGGAGAGUCCCUUUAACUCUGUGCUGCUCACUGUUUGUUAGAUAACCCCAUAUUUUGCAGGUUUUUCCAGGUUUAGGGUCCGCCCACGCUCCUCCCCCGCCGAUGUCAUCCGGCAGGGGAGACCUAUUGUGCAUGCACGGCCGGCGACGGGGGAGACCUAAUGCCCUUCCGCGGCAAUGCCGCACACGCGCAUUAGACCUCCCCAUAGAAAAGCAUUAAAAAAAAUGCUUUCAAUGCUUUCCUAUGGGGAUUUCAGUGACGCUGGAGGUCCUCUCAUAGUGUGAGGACGUCCAACGAUGCUAUAGCACAGAAAACCAGUGCUAUAAACCCGGACGUGCACUCUAGUGGCUGUCUGGUAGACAGCCACUAGAGGAGGAGUUAACCCUGCAAGGUAAGUAUUGCAGUUUAUGAAAACUGCAAUAUUUACACUUGCAGGGUUAAGGGUAGUGGGAGUUGGCACCCAGACUACUCCAAUGGACAGAAGUGGUCUGGGUGCCUUGUGUGUCCCUUUAAAAAUUACAAAACAAAAACCUUAGACCUGGGUUGGAGAAUUUUUACAAAUCUGCUAUUUUAGCCUGACUUUGGCCACUUGGAUUUCAAUUCAUUGCAAUUCAGAGUUUAGCGAAUAAUCCCAACCCUGUAGUAAAUUUCCUGAAUUAAUUAUUAAAAGGGCUUAUUUAAAUACCGGUAUGUGUGAUGCUGAAAUUUGAAUUCAAAUUCAGCUAGGGAAAGUGAAUUCAGUCCUUGAUCGACUGACUGCUUCUUCUUGUCUUCCCUCACAAGUCUUCUCCUUGCUCGGUCACAGAGUUUUUGAAGACAACUUUUUUUUAGGUAGUAUCUGGAUGAUGUGUUGUAACCUUAAUUUCUGGAUUAUUGAUUUUACUCCAGAGCGAACUGGAUUUUCCAAACACUUUGAACCAACUUAAUGCUACAAGAUAAAGCUUGAAUUUUACUUAAUGGUAUCUUGCCUUGACAAUUUGACCUAUACUUUGAAUAACUCCUAAAGCAGUAAGGAUAAUUACUAUAUUACACCUUUUCUCAUAUUUCUAGAUGUAGGUACCAAUUUCAGUUAAGGCGCUGUUGUGCCUGUUAUCAUAGGGCUAUUCUUGACUUCAUAGUUCUGUUCAAACCGUGAUUCCGCAUCGUAAAUUGAUGAAUUUCCUCUUGUAUUUCAGACAGUCAUUAAACACUAGCAACAAGAGAUGGAGGAGAAAGACUUAAACCUAGACUUCUCGAAUAACAAGAGGUCCAGUCAGAUCAGUACCUUGGAUUCGCCUGAUGAUGGAAGCCCUGGUAAAGGAACCUUCCUAAAAAGUUUGAGUUUCAGGUUAAGUAAAAGAAAUUCGAAGAAAAAGGACACCCAGGAAGAACCCGGGUCUCCAGAAAAGAAAGAGACGACUGAUUUGCAACAUGUUAUUGGAAACAAAUUAAGAAAUAGCUUCCGAUCUAGUAGGAAGAAACUGGAUAUCAACAGUUCAGAUAACAAAUGUGACAACAUGUUUGUGAACGGUGAAACUUUAAGGGAAGAACCUCCUCAGGAGAAGGAGAUAUUGUCAGGUAAGAAGAAAUCAACUUAUUUGAGUGUGAACUGUCGGUUGUCUGAUAUUGUUAUUUGUUAGGGCACCAGUGAGAGAAGACAUUGACAUUCCACCUAACUGUCUCUCUUGAAUUGUCCUUCAUUCGCAAGCAGGUUCGCCUUCCCUCUAUCUGUGCAGGGGUGUAAACGUCAGACAGGGUGUGCAUUUGCUUGCAACAUCCAGAUAUUGCAGAUACGGCAAGCCCUCUUCUCCUCUGGCGUAGACUCAUAUGUGCCAGGGAGUGGCCAGUCAAACGUUUCUCUCUGAGAAUCCUUGUGGACGAGCCAUGCAUGUGUGUAUUACAGCCCAUCAAGUCUUUCCAAGGCAGGCACUUUAAAACUUUAAGUCCCUUUAAAAGUAUUUUUGUAGCCCAAAAUCUGCCUUCGAUUUACAUCUUUAUUACGUUCCCAACCUCUUUGAGAAGACUUCAUAUCAAGGUCAGAAUGGCUUUAGCCCAUGCAUGUGGUUACAAAUAUCGGUCGGAAUAACAUAUUAAUAUUAUAUUUUGGUAUUUCUAUAGCUCAACUCAUUCUGCAGCACUUUACGAUAUUAUGAAAGGGGGGAAAUUUAACAAUAAAUGACACAAUUACAAAAUGUUACAGGAACAAUAGGUAGAGGAGGACCAGUCUAGAGGAACAUCAUGUGGAGGGCACUGAGGGAAGAUGGCUGAAUCUGACGCAUUAUUCUAAGCUUGUAUAUAGACUAAAAUGUCAAACUGUAUGGAAUAUACAGUGUUUGUGUGCUUUCGUUGUUUUGUUGUGCCCUGGCACAUUGUGUAAUUUAUAACUUUUUUGAAGUCAUGGGGAAUUUUUAUUUAUUUAUUUAUUUUAAUUCUUUAUUUUUUGGUCAUCCAAAUUAACAGCUGAUAUACAGACAAGACAUUUGACCUACAGAGUCAAUACUUCAUAAGGUACAUAUGACUAUGGGUUAAGAGACGAUACAAUAUCUGUGAGCAUAGAUGUUUAGACAACUGUAUUGUCGAUUGUGCUAUACAGGCUCGUUGAUUCUGCCAGGCCAGUUGUAGUCUAGCCAAGUAGAUGGAAUUUAUAUUAUUAAAAAAAUAAAAUUGGCCGUAAGAAAAACUAUUUUUAUCCUUUUAGUUAUGGAAAUAAAUGAAAUAAUCACUCAAAAUCAACUUGAAAGGGCAUUUGGAAGCAUACAAGUAAUGGAGGAUAAUCUCUUGAAAGAAUAUAAAAAGGGCAUUUACAAGAGCAACGAAUCAGAAUAUAAACGAAAAGCCAAAGAUGUGGACAUGUUGUAUGACAAGCUCUUUAAACAAAUGACAUCCAUUGUGAAAAACUCUCUUGUGCAAGAAGAUCAAAUGGAUGAACAAAUGGUAAGAUCGGUGGUCCAUAUUAUUGAUGAAGAAUCUAAGAAAAAUAGAAAGCUAUCAGUAGAAGAAGCCAAAUUAGUGAGUCCUUCGCUUGGAAUACCAAGAAAAUGGAAGACACUCUGGAAAGGUGUCAUAAAAGAGAAUGCAAUGGAGAGAGUCCGUUCUGUGCCUAUGGCAUCAACAACCGAGCGACGAUGGCUUGCUGACCACCUAGAGUUACUCAACAGAAACAUUGUUCAAGACUUAUUAAAAGUGAAGAAUUCUUUGAAGCCACUUUAUCCAGACGAGUAUGAUGUGUUUGGAACUUACGUCCGGAGCUUCAAUGACAGUCUGUCAUCCCACAUCACAGGGGAAAUAUUAUCUAAAUCUCUGACGUUCAGCCAGAUGCACGGAUUGCUUGAUUGGGUUCUAAACAUAUACAUAAGGUAGGUCACUAUUUUGACUUUCUUAUAAUCUGACAAAGCCCGGGCAUGAUGUGAGAGGUUAAUAUAAAAACCCAGAAAUUUUAAUUUAAUGCAUUAAAGAGCAAAUUCUCUAACCACAGAAUUUCCAGCCUAAUCAUGGACUCGCAAAUUUCAAAUUAAUUUAGUGGACCUAGACCUGCACUGUUUUUACUAUCAGCUAAAUUGAGAAAUACACUGCUCAAAAAAUUAAAGGGAACACAAAAAUAACACAUCGUAGAUCUGAAUGAAUUAAAUAUUCUUCUGAAAUACUUAGUUUUUUACAUAGUUGAAUGUGCUGAGAACAAAAUCACACAAAAAGUUAAAAAUGGAAAUCAAGUUUUUCAACCCAUGGAGGUCUGGAUUUGGAGUCACACACAAAAUUAAAGUGGAAAAACACACUACAGGCUGAUCCAACUUUGAUGUAAUGUCCUUAAAACAAGUCAAAAUGAGUCUCAGUAGUGUGUAUGACCUACAACACCUGUGCAUGCUCCUGAUGAGGUGGCAGAUGGUCUCCUGAGGGAUCUCCUCCAAGACCUGGACUAAAGCAUCUGCCAACUGCUGGACAGUCUGUGGUGCAAUGUGACGUUGGUGGAUGGAGCAAGACAUGAUGUCCCAGAUGUGCUCAAUUGGAUUCAUGUCUGGGAACAGGAGGGCCAGUCCAUAGCAUCAAUGCCUUCGUCUUGCAGGAACUGCUGACACACUCCAGCCACAUGAUGUCUAGCAUUAGGAGGAACCCAGGGCCAACCGCACCAGCAUAUGGUCUCACAAGGGGUCUGAGAAUCUUAUCUCGGUAACUAAUGGCAGUCAGGCUACCUCUGGCGAGCACAUGGACGGCUGUGCGGCCCCCCAAAGAAAUGCCACCCCACACCAUUACUGACCCACUGCCAAACCGGUCAUGCUGGAGGAUGUUGCAGGCAGCAGAGCUUUCUCCACGGCGUCUCCAGACUCUGUCACGUCUGUCACAUGUGCUCAGUGUGAACCUGCUUUCAUCUGUGAAGUUCACAAGGUGCCAGUGGCAAAUUUGCCAAUCUUGAUGUUUUCUGGCAAAUGCCAAACGUCCUGCACGGUGUUUGGCUGUAAGCACAACCCCCACCUGUGGACGUCGGGCCCUCAUACCACGCUCAUGGAGUCUGUUUCUGACCAUUUGAGCAGACACAUGCAUGGCCUGCUGGAGGUAAUUUUGCAGGGCUCUGGCAGUGCUCCUCCUGUUCCUCCUUGCACAAAGGGGGAGGUAGCGGUCCUGCUGCUGGGUUGUUGCCCUCCUACAGCCUCCUCCACAUCUCCUGAUGUUCUGGCCUGUCUCCUGGUAGCGCCUCCAUGCUCUGGACACUACGCUGACAGACACAGCAAACCUUCUUGCCACAGCUCGCAUUGAUGUGCCGUCCUGGAUGAGCUGCACUACCUGAGCCACUUGUGUGGGUUGUAGAUUCCGUCUCAUGUUACCACUAGAGUGAAAGCACCGCCAGCAUUCAAAAGUGUCCAAAACAUCAGCCAGGAAGCAUAGGAGCUGAGAAGUGGUCUGUGGUUACCACCUGCAGAACCACUCCUUUAUUGGGGUGUCUUGCUAAUUGCCUAUAAUUUCCACCUGUUGUAUAUCCCAUUUGCACAACAGCAUGUGAAAUUGAUUGUCACUCAGUGUUGCUUCCUAAGUGGACAGUUUGAUUUCACAGAAGUGUGAUUGACUUGGAGUUACAUUGUGUUGUUUAAGUGUUCCCUUUAUUUUUUGAGCAGUGUAUUACUAGUUGAAACAAAUUCAUCUCUCAAAAUGUCUGACAAUCCUGAACAAAUCUUAAUCUAUCUCUCUAAAAUAUAAAGAAUAUGCUUGCUUCAUCAUGCUGCAAAAAGAUCAAUGAAGAUAGGUUAUCAAGGCUACUAAUUGCCAGGAUAGAAAAGGAGUCAUCGUCCUCCCUCCUCACCCAAUAUUAAACAGAUGGCGAGGCAUAAAAAACGCCCACUCAUGUGCUCUGAGCAGGUGAAAUGGUCCAAUCACGGGCUUCUUUUUUGAGAGACUUGUGAUUGGACCAUGCACAUCCCUAGUGACAUUGGAGAAGGGCGCAAAAGACCUUGUCCUUUUGACUCUGCUUAUUCUCUGACUAUCCUGUUUUGGCUAUUGUUAUUGUGAUUUUCUGUCUCCCUUUGAUCUUGGUUUGUUCUGAUGUUCCUUUUAUUUAUAGUCCUAUUUUUCCGGCCAUUCCAAGGACCGGAAUAGGUACUUUCUCUGUCUCUAUUCUGGUGGGUUUACGUUCUGCGUGUUGGGUUAGCACGUGACUCAACUGAAACGCCAUUAAUUACCAUACAGGGCCAUUGACAAUAACAUAGCAUGCCAUUAUGAAUUUUGCAGCAAAUAUGCACACAAAUAAUUUUUUUCAUGGUAGGCUGAUAUGUCAUAUCCCAGAAAUACAUGGUUCAUCAAUUACAUUCCCAGUUUGAUACAAAAGUCUUUUUCUUGUAAGUAAUAUCAGAGAAUUGUUAGCUACAAUAUCUGAACAGUGCAUAAAGUCAAUUGUCAAAAUUCAUAAGUUGAGUAGCUGUUUGCAUUGACUGAGGAAACAAAUACCGUUGUUCUAAAUAGGUAAUAAAAUUAGUAAAAUAAAUCAUGAAAAUAUAAAUAUGUAUUUGCCAGAAAUCACAUAGAAUAAACUUUGGGCUCUCGCUGAACUGAAAACUGUUGAGAAUUAAUAUUUAUCAAAACAUUGCAUUUCCUUUAUUAACGAUAUUCCAUUCCCAGUUAAGUGAACAAAUUCUUCUAUUAUUCUUAAUUAAUAUUCUUCCACUUGCAGAUGUAUUGCUGGUCCCAAUUGUACUACAAUGUCCACUUGUCAGCCCUCCUUCAGGAUCUUAUAAUUGCCUCCACCAUCCCAAGGAACCCACUGUACUGAAAUAAUAAACUCCUAUACAUUCAAUAACCACAGAUAGAAUAUGUUGCUCAAUUAUAAAAUAAAAACAAAUUUGCAGCACUUUACAUUAGGAAGACUAACAGACGUAUUUGCAACACGUUGAGUUGGACGCACAUGAACAAAGGGGUUGAGGGCCCUGCUCAAACAAGCUUACAUUCUUGAGGGAGUGGGUUAGAGUGACACAAGAGGUAAUGGCAGGAUGUACUUAAUGUAUGGGAAAAGUAGGUUUCUAGAAUAGUUUACAGUGAAGGGUUAGUGUUUUGGAUGACACAAUUGAAGAAGAGGAAGCAUCGUGUGUUACCAAGGUGCAAUUAACUGUUUAGUUGACAUGCUUUUCUAAAGAAAUUCGUUUUUAAUUCCCUGGUUCUUGGUCAAACUGUUUCUUAUGGUGGCCUCACAAUCCUGUGGCUCAGGUUUCCCCUGCACAAAUUCAAGGAACAUUGUAGCUACAUUUACACACAGUCAUGUAUCCGUCAGCCUUCCAUAGCCCACAUCGUGGAAGGUUCUAAACCAAAACGUAACCUAAUUUUUUUUAGAAAACUCAAAAGAGAAUAAAAACGUCAAAGCACGAAUACCUACAUUGGAAUAAAGUCCUGUUUAUUUCAACGUUAUGUCUGUUACUCUAUGAUAUGAUAUAUAUCAAAGGAAUCGCUUUUGUGUAGAAUAUGGCAUCAUUCCAAUAUAAGCAUUUAAGAUUUAAAUAUUUGCUCUCUCUAAUCUCUUCUAGAACAGAGGUUAUGGGGGAAACCUGUAUUUUCAAAGAGCAUUUUGUGCUCUGAUCCAUAUAUGUUUUCAUUAUAGGUCUGUAAAUCAUUAAUUCACGUACCACUCUCAUCAGUCAGAAAUAGUUGAGAGCAGGAACAUCAAUAAAAAAAUUAUAUAUAUAUAUAUAUAUAUAUAUAUAUAUAUAUAUAUAUAUAUAUAUAUAUAUAUAUAUAUAUAUGACUACUCCCAGGUUGUCUGCUUCCUGUCACUAUUAUCAAUCACAAGUUAUUAUUAUAGACUGAAAACACAAAUGGAGAUAUGCCCUGGCCAGAAUUCUCCUCCUUGUUGUAUGUUGACGACUGCAGUUUAUACCAAACAAGACAAAUAUUCUAUGCAAAUUGAAGGGUAUUCUGAAAAUACUCUUUAACAGAAACUCCCUCAGUAGUUCUUAAAACCUGUCAAAUGUGCCAGGGGUCGAGGUUUACCCAACUCCAACAAUGAAGACAUCGACAAAGGCCUGAAAUAUUUGUGGUUUUUGAGACCUGGUCUGUGAUUUUUGCUAUAAGGUUAAACAAAUUUGACACAAUCCUUCCGGUUGUGCCAGCAGUAUUGUCUACAGUGUCAAGUGGUAAGAAGGGAGAAGGGGUUUGUUUUGAAGAGUAGAAAUUUCUUGUGUAAUUUUCCUUUCCUUGCCCCAAGUCACAUUGCUCUCAUUGAUACAAAAAGUUGUCGAUCCAACACAUCAUGAUUAAUGUUUCAUACCUGAGCUUCUCGUUCUAAAAGUGAAAACAUUUCAGGAACACUUUUUUACACAUUUUUUAUUUUGUAUUUUCAUAAUAGUCUCACUUGCUACUGGUGGUCAUUGUGCAGAAUAUCUAAAUAAACUCAUAAUACGCACAGUGUACUUAAAGGACCACUAUAGGCACUCAGACCACUUCAGCUCAAUGAAAUGGUCUGGGUGCCAGGUCCCUCUAGGGUUAACCCUGCCUGCUGUAAACAUAGCAGUUUCAGAGAAACUGCUAUGUUUACAUUAGGGUUAAUCCAGCCUCUAGUGGCUGUCUAGAGGUGCGUCCGCGCCAUAGGAAAGCAUUGAGAAUGCUUUCCUAUGGACUGACUGCACGCGUGGCUCUGGCCGCGUAUGCGCAUUCAGCCGAUGACGGCCAAAGGAGGAGGAGAGUCCCCAACGUGGAGGGAGUCCAGUGCUGGAGAAAGGUAAGUGUUUAACCCCUUCCUCCAACUUCAGCCCGGCAGGAGGGGGACCCUCAGGGUGGGGGCACCCUCAGGGCACUAUAGUGCCAGGAAAACGAGUUUGUUUUCCAGUCACUAUAGUGGUCCUUUAACAAAUAUUUAAUUAACCAGACAUAUACAUAAAAAUAUAUUUUUUUCACAUCAAUCUACACUGAGUACUUGAUUGUUACCGGUACACUACCCAAAUUUAAAGUAUAGUUAAGAAAUAGAAAGACAGAAAGUACGUAUUAUCGAACCAUAGAAUGGCCGGGGAUAACGUCCAGAAAGAGAAAAAACAUAAACUUUAUACUAGCCAAGAUCCAGACACUAGAAAUAAGAGAAUUACGGUAGAACUAGCCAGGUCAGGAUUACAGAUGUCGAGAGGGUCAAUAAACAAGCCAAAAUCAAACAACCAUAAAAUCAGAGAAUAUAUAAUGCACUAUCCGAGGUACCAAGAGGAAACCACGACAGUGCAAGGACUAUUGGGUAGAAAACUUUAUUUAAACAUUGAGGUGGACACUGAUUGGUCCCCUUUGCAACCCCAAAAAGCGUGGGACUGGGGUCGAGUGAUAAUGAACCAUAAAUUAUGCUAGGCAUCAUAUUAGUAUAAAUAUAGGGGUACCGUGAGAGUCCCAUGUCCUGCAAAUAACAUUCGCCUCUUUUUCUUGCAUUCGGCACCUUCGGGGAGUCUGAAUGCUUUAACGGAUAUCCCAUUAAGUUCCGUAUGAACUAGAUCCUGGGUGCUAAAAUGUUAACAGCAAUAGAUUGGCUUGAGAAAGGCUCUAACUGGGGCCAAAAGUUACCUCUGUUUCAAUACAAAUCUGCCUAUGGAUUUAACCCUUGAGUGCUCAGACAACUUUCAAUUCUAAGCACUUAAAGUUUUGUUGAUAACUUGCAGAUAUUUUAAGUAAUACUUGGUAUCACUUUACAUGUUUUAACAUCGGGAAACAUUGGCAUAUGUUGCAUUAAGUACUAUUUUCUAUACACAUAAUCAAAUCACAGGGCUUUUUCGACAUUCAUAAUCUGCUACAGAGAGUAAAGUGCAUUUAGCAGUGUGAUACUUUGUCUAAUCUAUAUACCGAAGCCUUGAUGCUGCAGUUUUCUUAUUGGCUAAUUGCCCUUCCAUAAGAAUGCAUGUACUAUAGCGCUGUAUAACCCUGGCUAGUCUCCAUAGCAACAUACGUCAUGUGUCUGUUGGUUGAUAUCGGAUAACUCAGCAGGAUUAAAUAACUAAAGACAUUUUGUUUAAAUGUAUGGAGUUUACAUUUCAUAGUGAUGAAAACAUUUCUUGAGUAUAUUAAAAAUCCAAAGUAUGUGGAUGGACAAGAUAAUGAAAACAUCAUGUAAAAACGAGUUUAAAGUCGAACUAAGGCAUUGUACAUGCAAAUCUGUGUUCCUAACAAAUAAGUGUCCCUGUCCCUAGUUAUGUAGGUCUAUUCCUCUUCCCCCGUGUGUCCCCAAAAAGUUAUAAAAUAGAGGUUAUUACUAACCUUUUUCCAGCACCGAGGCUCCCUAGGCUUUGCUUACCUUACCUCCUCCAACUACAACGUCACGGAGGAGGUGUGAUCCGACUCCUAUACUCAUGCGUGUGCUUGUCAAACGCCGCACUCGCUUCCAAGGUUCUCCGUAGGAAAGAGCAGAAUCAAUGCUUUCCUAUGGGUGCUUCCACAUCACAUGCUCGGGUAUUACUCUCUUUCCAGCAAGAGCGCCUCUAGUGGCUGUCAAUAUAACAGCCACUGGAGGUGUGUUAAACCCUUCAAAGUAAACAUUGCGGUUUCACUGUCAUAUUUUUACUUGAAUCCAAAGUGGUUUUUUUUUCUCUGUAUUUUCAGGUUUCUAUGAAAAGGAAGAAAAGUCUGAGACAUUCAAUCUGUCUGAUUGAAACACACAAUGUACACAAGUCAUCUCUUGUACAAACAUAUAUCUCCUACUAGAAAUUAUGGAGAAAUACACUGUGGUUAAAAUGUGAUCUGAUGAAAUUACUACAUUAAUGACUGCACACAAAUUAGGAAAUGUGUGAUUUCCCCCACUCCCCACCCCUGUAUUUUGCCAUUAUCUGAUGGGAAACAUAUUCAACCUUGGCUCAAUCUGACUUAAAUUUAAAAAAAUUUUAGCCAAUGGUUGGACAUUCCUACACAGAUUUAUCUGAUUUAUGCAAUCUGUGUUGCUGCGAAAAAUAUAUUGCACAUUACAUACAAUCUUUCUGCAAUUCACUGAUGGCAAAUGCAAAGUGAAAUAGGAGAGACAAGUGGGGAAAGUAAUCCGAAAAACAUAUUAGAGAUUAUAAAUACUAAUAAGGUCUUUUAAAGCGGCACUGUCACUCUCCCCAAUUUUUAUUUUUUUUUAGGCUAAACUUGACAAAAGGCGGUGUGAAAGAGCUCAUUGUACCCCGGCUGGGUACCUCUGCCUAGGAUGGCUUCCUAGCUGGAACAGUGGACAAGCCACGGUCGCCGUGUCUUGACUGGGGCCCUGGACCCGCUUCUUCCUGGAGCUGAAUGGGGAAUUCGCUCUAGACACCCCCAGGCACUGGACGAUACUAAGUCCUGUGAGCUCUAGUCCUUACAAGGACUUUCCCCGUUGAAUCCCCUGCAGGCUGGAACAGCAGACUCAGGGGUAUAAUCUUCCUUCCCUCCAAUAACAGGGCGACACACAGUUUUGGAGUGCAAGCUGGAAUUGAUUUUAAUUGUGACACACUUGGCCUUUUAUGCAAGUCCCCAAGCAAGGGGUAUGCCCACAUGGACCUUGUUGGGGACAGGGACACAAACUUCCAAACCAAUAACAACAUAUUUACAAUGUAAGGCACUCCCACACAUAGCACACAAUCCCUCCCCUCUGCCUGGGAGAUAAUUGGAUCAGAUACAGCAUUAACCCAAUUAUCUCCAGGCAGAAAAACCACACAUUUCAAAAAACUCCCCAAAAGUACCCCAAAACACAUAUAACACAGAUAUCCCCACAAAUGUCACAUCCCCUGAUAGCCCUGAUCUGGGUGACUAACAUAUCCAAAAAGCAUCCAGAUCAGUUCAGGGGUUCAGAAAUUCCAUGGAAUUAGUUUAUUUGACCAACCGCAGGCAUUGUUCCAUGCCCAAAACAGUUCCAGAAAAUCAGGGCUUGCGGUCGGUCUAGUUCGGUAGUUUGAAAAUGAACAAACUACCGAACAGAGUCAAUAGUCUUACCCUGGAGCUUGUUUUCUUCAUCCAGACGAAUGAUCCCACUGAACAGUGCCAUUCUAAGUUGUAUAGAAACAAACCCAGGUGAUGAUGGAAGUCCAGCGUUAUUCCGGAGUUUCUGUAUCUGAUUUUAGUUCCAGGAAAUUCAUGCCCAAACAUCGCUGCCUGUGUUCAUGUGAACAAGAUGGCCGCCACCUCAUGGUUGUCAAAUUGCAUCUAGCAUGGUUGGUGGAAUUGCGGCCACCUAGACAAACGAUUAGAACACUGCGGUGAGAAAUGUUCCAAGUUGUUAAUAGGUGUUAACAAGCUCCAGAAUGGUCUCUGGUUCGUGCGGUUGUUCGGUACUUCGAAGUGCCACUUCUAAAGUUCGAAGUGUGGCCAUACAAGUCCAGGCACACACAGAGACUUUAACAUUAUAUUUCACCAGGUCCAUAGUCUGUGGGCAGGAAACUGGCAAAAGGGGAGUUUGUCACAGCGGGAUCGUCCACAAACUCUCAUGCAUGUGCGAGAUCCUAUACAUACUCUUGUGCAUGCACAAGGGUACAGCAAUGACAUCAGCACAUGGCAGCUGAAGCCCUAGGAGCAGAAGAGGAUCAGAUGAAAGAGGAUGACGGUACCCGCAAGGAACAGGUUUGGGCAAUUAAAACUUACCUUUGCUGACCGCCAGACCUCCAGUGAUGUUACCAUCGGGGGUCUUUGUAAAUUAUGCAAAGACUCCAGACAGUGACAGUGCCAUUUUAAGGGCACCCUAAAGUUAUGAUACUUUGACAUUGCACCCUGACUGCAGCCUCUCAAUACUCUAUGCACUUUUUAACCAGCAAAUAUAAUUGACUUUGUUCCUAUUGGUUAAAAAAUAUAACAGCUAAUGAAACAAGUCACCAAUUUCUGGAAGAAAAUGCUAUGACUACAAAAAGACAAAUAGUACAAAAAUAUAUAUUUAGCCCCAAAAAAUCAUCUGCUUUAUGUAUACUUUGAAAUAAUUACUAUUUCCUUUUAUGAAAUAAUCACCUUCAUGAGAAAGUAUAUAAGAUAGUUUAUAAGAUAAUAUUUCUGCUUUUUUUUCCCCCAGCGAUUCUUUUAUGGGGCAUCCAGACAUUAAUGUUACCAAGCUUUCUUUGUUAGAUGACGAAUGUAUCCAAAGAUUAAAGAGUGAUUAUCAAUCUGAGCUUCAGGUAAGAAUGGAUGUCUGAGUUAUAUGAUCUGUAAAUAAAUGCAGAAAUAAAUAAUUCCACAAUGUAAAAAAAAAAAAGAAAUGUAGGUCAAAUGAUCUUUCGAUUUUGUUCCCUAUAUGGAAUGAUCAUUUUAACCCAAAUGCCAGAACCAAGUUGGGACAGACUUUGGGAGUUAUUCACUAAACCAAAAAUUGCAGUGAUUUAAAAUUGGGAUUUUAAUUGAAGGUAAAAUAUGGACCUUAGGGAAUAUCUUUUGAGAUCAUUCAGUGGAUAGUGGUCCAGCAUAGCAUCUCAAAAUUACAGAUUCAAAUCCAGGCGAGAUCAAUGAAAUGAGUACCAUUAAGUUGGGUAACUUCUAGUACCCAUGACGGACUCAGAAACCAGCAAUAAGCUUAAUGUACCUUUCCUGGUUGUACGUUUUCAUAUUAUUAAAAUGAUCCUGAUGGUAAUAAAAGGUAAAAGGCUAAUCAAAAGGUAAAAAAUUGCCAGCAGUGUCCCAUUAGAAUUUUAGUAAAAUUAUAUUUUCCAGUGAAAGUUUUUCAUGUGAUAACGUGAUUCUCUAUAGUAAUCGCAGAGGGAUCAAAUUUUUAAAAAAAACAUUUACUGAUAAAAAACGGUUUUCAAAACUUUACAGGAAACCUUAAAAAUGUAUUUAAACAACAUUGUCAAAGAAGAGACAAAACAGUGGAAUGAAAACGAUGAACCCAUUCAACAAAUGCUACAAAACACGUCCUAUUGUCAUAUUUAUAUCGACAUAGAAGAGGCAAGUAGAACGAAACUUUUUUUUCUUAAAAGUACACUCCAAACACCUAGAGCACUUUAGCUGUGACAAGAAGUACAUAUUUCAGUAGAGAUUUUUGAGAAAUAGAUUUUUAUUGAUAGAGCAAGUAUGGAAAAGACAGAUUUUCCUACGCAGUGGAAAAGUAACUUUUAAAACAGAGUAAUCCAAUAAUAAUAGGCAGUGAUAACAUAUUUCAAUAGAGAUUUGGACUUUUAUAAAGCAACCUUGUUACACCCCCCUCACUGUCAAUCAAACAACAAGUCCUGUUACUUCCUGGUUGUAUAGCUCGGUGGAGAUAAACUCAAGAGGCAGCAGUUGGCACCUGCCUUGCAUAGACUUCUCAUUGAGCUGCAUCUUAUCGAAAAAUUGCAGACCUUUGAGUGUAGCACAACACAAUCGGGGCAAAAAAAUAAUAUACACUAGUUGAAAUACCCCAUAUUGUGACUUGAAAAUAUUGGUUAAGAUUACAGAAAAAGUAAAUGAUUGUAUAUUGUAACGGAUCACCUGGCACCCCGACUGGGUACCUCCGUUAAAGGAUGCUCCUAGCGCUUCCUGAGGACUCCAAGCACUGCAGCAGACACCACAACCACUGAACCGGAGAAGCAUAUGAAUCUUCUCAAGCAUAUGAAUGCUGUAGACAGUUGAAUAGGAACCAUACGAAUAGGUUUACUCUCCUAGCAGUCAAACUGGAACAGCAUACAAUAAAUCCUUCCCCCAAUAAUGAGACGACACUUCACUUUGAGGGUUAAAACAGGAACUCCCUGUACUGUCACAUACAGUCUCUUUUAUUCCCAAUCCACAAACAUAGUACAGCCCACAGGGCGUUACAAAACAACCAAUCAAUCUGUACAAUACACCCAGACACUCCCACACAAAAUCCUCCCCUCUGCAUGUGAUAUGAUUACUGAACACAAUGGGUAAUCUCAUUAUCACCGGCAGAGGAAUACAGUUUUUACACAAUAUUUAUAACUUCUAAAAUAUACAUGUCACAAACAUAAAACAUACAUUUUCAUAAUCAAUCCAUUCAGGGGAACAACAUAUUAAAAAAUGGCACGAAUCAGACCAGGGGUUCAAAAGUUAAGGGAAAGUCCUUUGUGACUAAAUGAAGCAUGGCUUUCCGGCCCAAACCAGUUUCAGAGUCUUCUAUCCUGGAGAUAAGUGAGAAGUAAUUAAAUUAUCUCCCAGGACAGACACAAGACUCCAUUAUGCACAUGGUGAGCACAAAGCAUUAAAAUAUUAUAAAAUACACAGUCACAUUUUAUACAUAAAACACAGACAUGUCACAUAUCCCCAGAUAGCUGGGAUCUGAGCGCACAAAACUACAGAAGAGCGCUCAGAUCCUAUUCACACAGUUCAAUUGCCAUGGAGCCGAAGUCUUUAACUACACGAAUGGGCUCCAUGGCAUAGCUAUCCGGGUUAACACAUUCACAUAAAGUCUGGUCCAUAGUCCAAAGGCAAGCGGCGGACAAGCAGCCCCCUCCAAGGACACGUGGCGAGGCCGGUUUCGCCACAUAUAUAAAUAUUUUUACAGUAAUACAAUAGAUUGUAAUAAAAAUUAAUAAAUAUAUCUGUUUUUCUUUUUUUAUAGUGUGUCAUAUAUAUUAGUAUUUUUCUUUUUUGGUAGAAAUGUCCUCGGGAUAGAAAGGAAACAUAGCAAUGGCUUAAUUGCAUUUCCAUGAUUGUUACUCCGAUAUCACAGUUAUAUGAUAAUAGCAGAUAAGCUGCUACUCAAGGUCCUGUUCAUUGGCAAUAUAAAGUCUAUGAAUUUAAAAUGUAAUAUAAAAGGUGUAACCCCGAAACUGCUGAACUGUGAAGUUGUAGGCUUAUAGAAGUGCAAAAAGAAGAUAAAUUAAAUUAUACGGUAUAUUAAAAACUCUUGUGAUAUGAAGACUAUUACAGGAUACCUUUAAACAGGAGAGGGCUAGCAGGGUGUCAAGGGGGAGAGGAAGAUGCCCCCAGACCCACAAGUGCACGUAGUAUUGUGAUCUAAUGUGUGGGCCUGGCUAUCACAAACUAUGAAGGCAUAUGAUGACUGCCCAUAGUGUUGAAAGCAAUUGGCUGGAUAAAUGAAAAUCUUAAGUCAAAAUAUUUUUUUUACAUUAGCUACUUAUACUAUACAUUUAUUUGAAAUUUCCCUUGGCCCUUCUCCACUAUUCCCAGUUUAAUACAUUGAAUUACUCCGCUGUGAGUUGUUUUGAUUUGACAAAAGUAGAACAUUUUGUUACUGCAUUGAAUCAAUUUCUUUUAUUUGCUACACGAUAGGGAGGUUAUUGUAUCCGUUGUAUAUUCGUAUAACUCAAAUAUUCUUAUCUUCUAUAAAAACAAAUUAAAUUGCAGACUGAUUUUAUCAUAUAUAUUUUAACGUUGUUAAAAAAACUCCCUAAAACUUUAUAAUGGGGGAAGGAUGGUGAGUUGGUACGGUCACAAAAAAAUUUCAUUUGGCCAUACGUGUAUCCAGACCAAAAAUGAUCCGUUCUCUCCUGCCUUCAAAACAGAACAUCACUUGUUAAUGACGUGCAAAAUAUUGCAUAUAUGUAUGCAAUAUAUGUUUAUUGCACUAUAUUAAAUCAAUGUAUUAGUAUUAAAUAACAAAUGUGCGUUUUCAUUUCCAGAUGACGGGGAAUCAUAUAAGAGAGUCAGCAAAACUUUCAAAAGACUUAGAAACACCAACAUUUCAUGUUUGUAUGGGGGAGCUAUCCACCUUUACUGAAAGGUCUGUGCAAUUUUAAACAUUCUAACCUUUCCCGAGUAAAAUGUUUCAAUCACUGACAUAGACUAUUUUAAUAUUAAAAAAAAAAAACCGUGUGUGUCACAUAUUUAAGUUCUAGUUUAAAAGACUACAUGUAGAGUGCAGUAGUUUAUAUUAUAACAUUUAUUUAAUAAUUUGCAGGGUUUAAAUGCAUCUAGUGACUGUAGCUGUCGCAGGGAUAGCUGAGAAAUAUUUGGUUAUUUCAAUGAGGUGUUCGCAUGGAGACAAUCUAAUUAGUGCAGAGCAGAGUUUUGCCAUGCAUGCACAAUAGCCUCCUAUCUAAUGGGGAAGCAUUGGAUUGGCUGAGAUCAACAAGAUUAAUGCUCUCAGCCAAGGAGGUGGGGACAGCCACGUAGAGAGCAGCACAGCGUGGGAGAAAAGGUGAUUAAACUAACUUUUUAACCCUCGAGUUAGGGCAGAUCCCUAACACUGUAGUGUUCCUUGAACCAUGUCCUGACAAAAUACAAAAAAUGCUAAAUUUGAUGUAAUAAAGUUUAUAUAAGUAUUCAAAGAUAUAAUUUCCUUGAUUCUAUAUUUAUCUAUUUAAGUAAGUUAUCAUUAUAUCGUAAUCAUAUUUACCAACGCAAAUAAGUCAUAAUCUAUAAAAUAGCAAUUUUAUAGGAAAAAUAAUAAUAAAUUAAAUAGACAUUUUUGGCACUUGUUGGACUGUUGCCUUUGACAUCUUAUUUUUAUUUCCCCUACAAAGAUGCUUUGGUUCACUCAGUAUACAUAUGUAUCAUUUACAUUUUAUCCUACGUAGAAUGUAUUUGUCGUGCUAUUUGUAUAAAAUUAAGAAAUCACAUGUCCAUGAAAAAAUGUAUUUGUUUUUUAGGCUGGUAUCAGAAUUUACAUCCUUUUUCUCAGGAAGUUUCACUGGCUUGUUUGUUCAAUACUUAGUAAUCUACGUGAACAGCUUUCUAAAAUUAAGGUAAGCAAAUGUUAACUUUUGGUCGUAGAAAGUAGAUACAACCUAGCUUGUCUGCUGCUGCAGGUUCACACUGAGCCAUUGCCCCACUAGACAAGUUAGGUUGAGCAUGAUUUUUUUUUUUUUAUUCACACAGUUUGUUUCCAUAUUAUUGUGUAUUCUUCUUAAAGACUCUUACUUAAUUGAAUACAAGUUGCAGCUACUUCCUCUACAAAGAAACAUAUGUUUUAUACUUGUUAUUCUAAAGGAAGUACUUCUAAAAGAGAGAGAUUUAGUGAGUUUCCUAAUAAUAUGAGACUAUUAGGCGUUACCAAGUAUUACAACUUUACUUUAUAUUUAAAGGGACAUUCCAGGUACCAAAACAACUUCAUCUAUAUGGAAUUAUUAUGGUACCAGAAGGCCCCUGGAGGCACUCUAACCUCAUUGGGUUAAACCAUUCUCGAACGGUUUAACCCCUAAGUUGCCUCCAGCAAUGAUGUCCACUCACCCUCAGGCGGCAUCUGGCUUUUGAAUUUCAGAUCCAGGAAGUGGGGAGUGCUGCCGGGCAGGGGCGCAGCUGAUUGGCUGAGAGCUAAUGUUCUCAGCCAAUCAGUGACUCACAGUUCACUAAGCUUGCCUGUAAAAUGUAUGUUUUUGUUCCUAGCCAGUUUAGUGAACGGGGAGUCACUGAUUAGCUAAGAGCGUCAGCUGACCGCUCUCAGCCAAUCAUUGGUGCCCUUGCCUGGCGACACUCCACACUUUCUAAAUCUAAACGGGGGAGUGGACAUCGCUGCUGGAGGCAACUUUGGGGUUAUUCAUUUGAGAACAGUAUAACGCCUUGAGGUAAUAGUGCCUCCGGGGGCUCCUGGCACCAUAACAACUUAUUUUAUAUGAAGUUGUUUUGGUGACUGGAGUGUCCCUUUAAUAUGUGUCAACAAUAUCUUAUUUGAAUGUAUUCUCUGUGAACUGCAGUGAAAUUAAAAUAAAACAAAUGUGUGAAGUUUAGACCAAAAUAGUGGGCGUUGUUUCCAGAUAAGAACUAUGUCCUGUCCUGUUUAGUGAGUCUUCUUACUUUACCUUCUGUAUCUUUGGAUGAACUACUAUUACCAGCUUGUUUUUGGAUAUUGUAUCAACAAGCAUUCAUCCGAAUAUUUACUGAGAACCCGUCCGGGUCUUUAUCUAUGUUAAAGGAUGGUAAUAUGCGAACUGUUAAUUCUCUGAGACUGCAUGCCGUCUACGUAUAUAUGUAAGAAAGUAAGAAUUCACUAUGUCCUACCCAUUCUCUGUAGAAAGCUCUGGAGUUAGUACAGCAGCAGCAGGAAAGGACACAAUUCCUAACCUUAACUGCAAAGACAGAGUUCGUAUCAAUCUACAAACGUGUCUUAGAAUUUUAUGAUCACUACUGACCCGUAUUAUACAAAGACACAAACUAAGAAAGCAGUGAACAAUUCUAGGAAUUAUUGGAUUUUCGGAUCUCUAUUCACUUGUCUAACAUCUGAAUAGGAGGGUAAAUGGUUACCUUGUGGCCCAUUGCAACAAUCACAACAUUUGUCUGAGACUUUUUAUAUCACUACAAUUGGACUGUUCUAUAUUAUUAGCCCCUUUCAGAUUUCAGUUAUCUGUAUAUAAGAAUCACUGGUGGUAUAACCUAGAACAAGGAUAGGCAACCUUCGGCACUCCAGAUGUUGUGUACUACAUCCCCCAUAAUGCUCUUACACCCAUAUUGCUGGCAAAGCAUCAUGGGAGGUGUAGUCCAAAACAUCUGGAGUGCUGAAGGUUGCCUAUGCCUGACCUACAAUAUUACCUGUACAUUUUAGCUUGCUCUAGACGCAGAGGGGUGCCCAAAAGGUAGAUCCCCAGAUGUUGUAGAACUACAACUCCCAUAAUGCUUUGCAUGCCUUUUGAAUGACAAAGCAUCAUGGAAGCUGUAGUUUUAAAACAUCUGGGGAACUACCUUUUGGGCACCCCUGCUCUAGCUUCAGCUACAUGUUUCACUGUUUAAGUUUUCGAAUCAUUAUUUAAGUCACUUUAUGAUUUAAUAAUUAUCUUUUUUUUUUUUUUUCUCAAUAAAUGUUUACAUUUGAAAGUUCUUUUUUUAGGCAGUUCCUCAUUGCUCUUCCCCUUUUAUUAGGGGAAUACUUACAAUAAUUUUUAAGUGCUGGAUUUUCUUGAAGGUUAUUUCCCUUAUAGUUGUUGCCAGGGUGGUCGUUUGUAGGUGUCCUAUUUUUGGGUGCUGCUUUUGUUUUCUUUUAAGGCAGGGUUGUCAAACAUGCGGCCCCCCAGAUGUUGCUGAACUACAACUCCCAUGAUUCUUUCAAUGAAACAGAUAGCCAGGGAAUCAUUGGAGUUGUAGUUCAGCAACAUCUGGGGGGCCGCAUGUUUGACAACCCUGUUUUAAGGUAAAGUAAGGGUAUUUUUUUUAAAGAAAUCACCAAAACUGACCAAACAGCACCCAUAAGGAUCUCAUAAUAAUCCACUGGGUAUAUCAUGAAAAGUGCAUAAUUUUUUUAAAGAAAGGUUAACAACAUGUCAUAAAAAUAUGUUCAGACCUUUUAAGUGACAGGAAAUCCAAAAUCGUCAAACACAUGUCAAUUAAUGCAGAUUUUAUCUCCCUAAGGGGAGUCAGAGGUUAUAAAAAAAAAUUAAAUGAUACAAAAAUACAAAAAAGGAAAUGCCUGCACCUGCCAGAAAGGGGGGGAGACAAAAUAGAACUUACAGUAACUCUGAACGCGUUUCGCGCCUGUCCUGACGCUUUAUCAACAUCCAAAAUUAGCUUGAGUUCAAAAUGUUUAUUGUAAAAACCUGCUUUCCUACCAUUUUUUUCUGAUGUCUAUAAUCUUUAAAUACUGAUUUUCAUAUCUAUGGAACAGGUAUAUGUUAUACAGGUCGUACAAUUUGAAGUCCUAUGCUACAAGCCAAGCCUUAAUAUGUAUCCGUCACAGCAAGCCUUAGCACACUCACCCGAGGUGAUUGUCUACUCAGCAGGGCUAAAUUGUUACUAGCCAAAGACUUGUUAAGUAAAAAUGUUCAAUCCUGUAAUAUAUAUAAAAUAUACAAAAAUGCUAUAUAUCUGUUUAGUAGCAUAAAGAAAAGCACAUGCAAACUAAAUAAAACAAAAUUCAAAAAUAAGUUUUUGCUCUAGUGCAGGGUACGUCAAACUCUGGCCCUACAACUCCCAUGAUUCUCUGGCUAUCUAUUUAAUUCAACGAAUCAUGAGAGUUCUAGGUGAGCAACAUCUGGAGAGACAGAGAUUGUAUAAACCUGCUCUAGAGUAAAAAGAAAAGUUGGCCACUAGAUGGCGAUAGAAUACACUGUUGACUUGUGGCUAGUUUCUUAGCAUAAUACAAAAUGCAUAGGGAUGUUUAUUUUUGAUAUGUGGUUUAGUUUACCCUGAAAGAGGAAUUGAGUCUAAAUAGCAGCAAUACUAAGAACUGAUUGUUUUAUAAUUCAUGUUCCCAUGACCUGCUCGAGUGGGUACUACAAUUUAUAGCGGACUACUGACAGAGCUGAGUUAAGAGCAGUUUAUGAUCUAUGUUACUAGUAAGUAAUAGCAAGUUUAGCUAAUGGUGUAGGACAGACAUAAACAGAAUGGGGCUUCAUUACUUAUGUGUCCACAAAAUAUACCAUAAUGACCUACUUAAAUCUUGAUCAGUGUUGGGGAUUUUGCAGAUUAAAAAAAAUGUUACUGGGAUCUGCGUUCCCACUUCCCAUUAAACAAUACAAUGUAUUCCUCCGAAAGAACAUUGAGGUCUGUAUUUACUUCUAAGUAAAUACAAAAAAUGAACUAGGGGGCAAUCCCGGAACAUCCAUUUCUCAGCAAUGGUGCUGCCGUAGAGACCAACAUUUAUACAAAAUACAGGUAACGGAGCAUUGUACACAUAAAAAACACAGAUAUAAAUUUAAAGGCUACUUAGAAUCACCUAUCUCAGCAAACACAUAUGGAGAUUCAUAUGGGAUUCGAAAUGGCCAUAUGGUGGAACUGAAUCCCCAUAUUUGUUUGCUGAGAUAGGCGAUUUUAAGUAGCUGUUGCUUAAUCUGUAUUUUGCCGUUAACAAAUAUACCAUAUUUAAAUAGUUUAUUUUUAUUUUUACAAAACCAUGUCCAGUGCUGACAUAACAUAUACUGUGUUAAAAUUAACAAAGGCUGCCAAUUACAAUGGGGCAAUACAAAGACCGAGACUGAUAUUAUGGAACUGUCUAUCUCCCCACCUUACAGUAUGCAAGUCUACUCUAUGUUUACUAUUGUGGGUCAAAAGUGAUCAGUGAUAUCUAAAAGCACCAGUCUAGAUACCAGUCUAUAGACAGCUGCCUACACUGCUUAAUGGCCAAUCUGCCCCUGAGAUCUUCAGAGAUAUGCCACAGUAGGUGUAGGGCUCAAAGGGCUUUUUGGCAAGAAUAUUGCACCUUCUCUUCAAUGUGGCCUCCAUGAUCACAUAUGUGUAUCCUGCUGAUAACACAAUGUAUAUCUAAUAAUGUGCCGGGAGGUGUACGCUGCUGAUGUAACUCUGAAAGGUAAGGCAGGAUUACAUUGUAGUAAAGCAAGACAGAGAUUGCCACAUGUGUUAAUACAUUUAGGGGUCUCCCAGCUGCGAUGAUCUUUCUACUACACUUGUGUUGUUAUACACCUUCCAAAUCUUGGGAACAUGGACAGGAGGUCCUGGUGGAAUAUGGCUCUGUUCAGUUUAACGUACUCUUACCACCUAUUGAUCUUCUAUACCGAACUAGUUUCGUCACAGUAUUGUAUGCAGUACUUUUCUAUUAUACUCAUACACUUCUCCCAGAGUCAGAUGAACAGUUACCAAAAUUUAUCCAGACAAAAUUCUAAAAAAAUGUUCCAAACAGGACCACCAAAAUUCUGCAUGUAAUUUAUAAAAAAAAUAAUAAUAAGGUUAUAGGACAGAGGUGUUUAGAAUUAGAGUUGGGAGUAGGAUCAUGUGGAACGAAUAGCUAGUGUCUGUUUAAGUUGAUGGGUGUUGAUGGCCGACUAACUAUAACCACUCCAUCUGUAAGCAUCCCACUAUAAACCUUUAGGAGGUGGGCUUAGAGUGCCUUUUUUGUCAAACCAUUUAAAAUGCUUUGAUAAACAAUGUAGGGGCUACUACAAUAAGCUGUAGGGAGCAAGAGUAUCCUUUAACACAGAAUGUUUGGUUUCCAGUUAACUACAGGGAGUGCAGAAUUAUUAGGCAAAUGAGUAUUUUGACCACAUCAUCCUCUUUAUGCAUGUUGUCUUACUCCAAGCUGUAUAGGCUCGAAAGCCUACUACCAAUUAAGCAUAUUAGGUGAUGUGCAUCUCUGUAAUGAGAAGGGGUGUGGUCUAAUGACAUCAACACCCUAUAUCAGGUGUGCAUAAUUAUUAGGCAACUUCCUUUCCUUUGGCAAAAUGGGUCAAAAGAAGGACUUGACAGGCUCAGAAAAGUCAAAAAUAGUGAGAUAUCUUGCAGAGGGAUGCAGCACUCUUAAAAUUGCAAAGCUUCUGAAGCGUGAUCAUCGAACAAUCAAGCGUUUCAUUCAAAAUAGUCAACAGGGUCGCAAGAAGCGUGUGGAAAAACCAAGGCGCAAAAUAACUGCCCAUGAACUGAGAAAAGUCAAGCGUGCAGCUGCCACGAUGCCACUUGCCACCAGUUUGGCCAUAUUUCAGAGCUGCAACAUCACUGGAGUGCCCAAAAGCACAAGGUGUGCAAUACUCAGAGACAUGGCCAAGGUAAGAAAGGCUGAAAGAGGACCACCACUGAACAAGACACACAAGCUGAAACGUCAAGACUGGGCCAAGAAAUAUCUCAAGACUGAUUUUUCUAAGGUUUUAUGGACUGAUGAAAUGAGAGUGAGUCUUGAUGGGCCAGAUGGAUGGGCCCGUGGCUGGAUUGGUAAAGGGCAGAGAGCUCCAGUCCGACUCAGACGCCAGCAAGGUGGAGGUGGAGUACUGGUUUGGGCUGGUAUCAUCAAAGAUGAGCUUGUGGGGCCUUUUCGGGUUGAGGAUGGAGUCAAGCUCAACUCCCAGUCCUACUGCCAGUUCCUGGAAGACACCUUCUUCAAGCAGUGGUACAGGAAGAAGUCUGCAUCCUUCAAGAAAAACAUGAUUUUCAUGCAGGACAAUGCUCCAUCACACGCGUCCAAGUACUCCACAGCGUGGCUGGCAAGAAAGGGUAUAAAAGAAGAAAAUCUAAUGACAUGGCCUCCUUGUUCACCUGAUCUGAACCCCAUUGAGAACCUGUGGUCCAUCAUCAAAUGUGAGAUUUACAAGGAGGGAAAACAGUACACCUCUCUGAACAGUGUCUGGGAGGCUGUGGUUGCUGCUGCACGCAAUGUUGAUGGUGAACAGAUCAAAACACUGACAGAAUCCAUGGAUGGCAGGCUUUUGAGUGUCCUUGCAAAGAAAGGUGGCUAUAUUGGUCACUGAUUUGUUUUUGUUUUGUUUUUGAAUGUCAGAAAUGUAUAUUUGUGAAUGUUGAGAUGUUAUAUUGGUUUCACUGGUAAUAAUAAAUAAUUGAAAUGGGUAUAUAUUUGUUUUUUGUUAAGUUGCCUAAUAAUUAUGCACAGUAAUAGUCACCUGCACACACAGAUAUCCCCCUAACAUAGCUAAAACUAAAAACAAACUAAAAACUACUUCCAAAAAUAUUCAGCUUUGAUAUUAAUGAGUUUUUUGGGUUCAUUGAGAACAUGGUUGUUGUUCAAUAAUACAAUUAAUCCUCAAAAAUACAACUUGCCUAAUAAUUCUGCACUCCCUGUAUAUCAUUUCCUUCUGAAAAUUCUUGUUUAUCAUUUUACAUUCACUUGGCAUUUGAACUGUUAAUUGCUAAUUGAUCGCAAAUAUCCAAAGAAAGCUAUAUAUUUAGUGUUAUAUAUGUACUGUUCCAAUAGCCAUCCUAUGAUUUAUUUAACUCCUAGACGCACUUCACAUUGACAGUAAUCAUUGUCAUGGAAUAUAUUUCACGGUGGAUUUAUAAAAUAUGCAAUGCCAACUGUGAGUUAGGUGACCCAACAGUUGACUUGUGUUAGGGGAUCUAGCUGUAUACCAAUAAAUCCACUCCCUGAAUAAAGCAGAAUUGAGAACUACUUUCUUCUACAAAAGCAGAAGGAUUUCCCCACUUUCAUCAUAUUGUCUUUAAAUUCCACAUGACUUAUUUCUUAAAUGCAUGCUAAAAUUACAAUAAAAGAAACAUCUAUAGCUUUCGUUUUGAUAAAGUGUGGGAUGAACGGAGCGGAGCUUUAUCACUGGUUUUAGGGAUGUGUGGGGAUUGAAACAUGCAGGAGACGAGUCAAAAACGAUACAACGAGAUUAACGGGUGAAUCUUUUCACAUUUCUCCAAUAUUGGCAACAUUGGGGGUAACGAUGGGGGAAUCGAGCCAAGUUUCCAAAUUAGCCCAUUUGAUCUUGGACACUGAACGGAAAAGCAUAUUAUAUCACUGGAUUAGCCAAGCCACCAAUAUCUUUACUAAAAAGAAAAUAUCAUUUCUAUUAAAUAUGGAUUGGUUGGAAGGUUGGUAUUUCCCUUCUGGCCACAUUAUUUAUGUCAACUCACUAGACCGUUCCACACAGUCCAAAAUACAAUCCACUUUUUAAUUCACAGAUUGGUACUUAAAGUGAAACCAUAGCGCCAGAAAGACAAACUAAUUUUCCUAGCACUACUGCUCUCCUCUACGUCAAGGGCCACCCCCCUCCCCACACUUACCUAGAUCCAGCGUUGACGUCCCUCAGUGCUAGAUUGGGUCUGCCUUCUCUCCUCCGCCGCUGACAUCAGCCACCGAGGGAGACCUAAUGUUCAUGCGCGGCAAUGGCCCCAUAUUAUUCAAUGCUUUCCUAUGGAGUGAUGCUGGACGUCCCCAUGCAUAGUGUGAGGACUUCCAUAAUCAGUUAGGUGACCAAAAGUCGCCUAACAGCCCAGAAGUCCCUCUAGUGGCUGUCUGUUGGACAGCCAUUAGAGGUGGAGUUAACCCUAGCAGGUAAUUAUUGCAGUUUCUUAAAAAGUGCCAUAAUUACCUACUCAGGGUUAAGGGACCUGGGACAGUGCACCCAUACAACUUUAAUGAGCUGAAGUGGUCUGGGUAUCUAUAGUGUCCCUUUAAUCAGGGUUAUAUUGGGCCAACCCCCCAUUGUAAAAUAACACAAUACUUUUCAUGCUGGAUUUGUUCCCCCCAUGUUGCAUCAUAUAGUAUACCGAGGCAGCAGACCUCAUUUAUCGUGCUGAUUUACUCAGUCAGUUAGUUUUUGAUUGUAUGUUAUAUUGGUCGUUAAUUCUUUUUUUUCGUCAUACAAAAUAUUUAAACCAAGUCAUCAGCUUGCCACUUUCAAUUUACUACCUGUGAAUACCUAGCUUAUUUUUUCUUUUUGCCUCAUGACAAUAAAAGGGUUCAAAACAAAAAGAGAGAAACUUUCUCCGAAGCCGUACUUGGGUUUUUCCCAGUAAGAGAAUAUUUCGAUUCCCAAAUGCUGGCAUUUUUUUUACUUUACUGGAAGCACUUUCUUUGGACAGGUUCAAAUUCCUUAGCGCAUGCUGAGAGCAACAAAGAGCUAUAACUUUUGUUAUGUUAGCCACACGUGGGGGGAGCGUUUAAAUCUUUAUAUUUUAUCGCUUGGUAAGCUGAGCGUGUCUGGGCUAAAAUUCAGGGAAUGAUCUAUGGGUCUGAAACAAGGGAGCUGGCUCUUACAAGCUCAAUAGCAGAUUAUUGGACUUGGCUUGCUUAAAGGAACACUCCAAGCGACAUCACCACUUCAGCCCGCUGUAGUGAUUAUGGUACCAGGAGUGCCCUGGGAGCCUCCCAAAGUAGUCAAACCAUUUAAGAACACUUUGUCAACUUACAGAGCAGGGAGGUGCUCAUUGAAGCCCUGAAACCCUAGGUAAGUUGUAAAAAAAAUUCUUAAAGGACCACUAUAGGCACCCAGACCACUUCAGCUCAAUGAUGUGGUCUGGGUGCCAGGUCCCCCAGGUUUGAACCCUGCAGCUGUAAAAAUAGCAGUUUCAGAGAAACACAGAGGGUUAAUCCAGCCUCUAGUGGCAGUUUCAGAGAAACACAGAGGGUUAAUCCAGCCUCUAGUGGCUGUCUUACUGAUUGUCACUGUGAAAAUCACAGUGAGAAGACACUGACGUCCAUAGGAAAGCAUUGAGUAAUGCUUUCCUAUGGGCGGUUUGAAUACGCGCGGCUCUUGCUGGAGAAAGGUAAGUGUUUUAACCCCUUCAGCCCAGCGGGAGGGGGGCCAUAAUGGUGGGGGGAUCUAAGGACUACAUAGUGCCAGGAAAACAAGUUUGUUUUCCUGGCACUAUAGUGGUCCUUUAAGUAGUUUGAUGACUUUCUCUAAGGGAGGUGUAGUGGUUAUCGUGUGUGGAGAGUUUUUUUUUUUUUUAGCAACAAAUGGUUACACAAUGUUUGAAAGGGAAUUUCUUGUUGGCUGGUUGUUCUGCUUUUGAGCCUUAAAUUGUCUUGUCUUGUUUGUAUACACCACAUCUGUCUGACAUUUCAUGGCAGGAACAGAUUAAAGGAGAGUUGUUCAGAUUUCCUGGGAAGUUUUUCGACCCCAUUGCCAUGAAACUAACUGUAAGCCGUAUCCUUUGUUUAAAAAAAUAAAAGAUUGUUAGCACACAUUUCCCAUGUAAAAUUAUAUCCUGUGUCGUUUCCUCUACUAUGUCAUCAAAAUACUUAUUUCCGCUACUCACCUGGCUCAUCUGGAUAAGUAUAAAGGGACAAUCAGCACCAAAAUCACUUUGUCUUAAUGAAGUGAUUUGGGGAUAUAACAGUCUAUAUCCUCAAUUCAGAGUCACACACAGAAAUAGUGAAACCGUAAAAUAAAUAAAGGCAGCGUUACAAGACUCAGUGGUGCAUAACAAAUGCUACAUACCAUUUUAUUUAAAGGUCCAGGAGUAACAACAGAUGUAUUGGGUUGCCCAUUUAUCAAUGACAAAUGUACAGGUAAUAAGGCAGUAUUGGAUCAACCGCAAAAACAGACGUGAGAAAUCUGAACGUGAUGAAUGCAAGUCUUUUUUCAGCCUAUGUAACUAGGUGUACUGCUCAUUGACCCAUUUCACAACAUCGCCCAGACACCAGGUAUUACCAAUGUUUUCUCCUCCAAUGAGAGAGGGAUAUUAAUAUUUCUUAAACCGAAGUAUAUUUGAGGAUAUUUCUGUGUAAAUAACCAGCUUUAAAUUUUUUCUACUCCGAUAGACCACACCGGGGUUCUAGAACUUACACUUUAUACCUCUACGUGUCUCUUGAUUACAAAUCAGAAAACAUGUUGUGGACACCUUCAGGAGAAAUAAGGUCUUAUUUACAAAUAAAACAUUUAUCUCUUUAGGAACAACCCAAAUCAGUCCGACGCAGAGCCGUGCACACAGGCAGUAACAAGCAUCGAUAAUGCCAAUGAUACCUUAAAAAAGCAUUUCUUCAAAGUUUUCAGUUCGUACACACUGGUAAGUAGUUAUGGUUUCCGCAACAUUAUUGUCCUCCCCUUCCUAGAUAAUAAUCAUGUGGAUUUUAAAAUUUUCAGGAGUUCUGUAAACCAUUACUUCCCAGAGAAUAGUGGAAAUACAGUAUCACUUAAUACUAUUAGCGUAAGUCUCUAUGCGGCCCUUAGGCAUCGCUUGAAUUAAUUGCACCGCUGCUGGUUCUGCUAUACAUUAUUUGUUACAUUUCAUGGCUGCGCAAAGACGGCUAACUAUGCUCAGAUGGACACCGCAAUGAGGAAGAUAGAGCAGGAUGAGAGAGCGACUAUUUGGAAAUAAUAUAGAAAUAUAGAUUAAAUUAUGUAACAAUGGGUAACUUUUAUGUUUUCAAAAGAACACAUUUAAAUUUAUUUUCAAUAUGUAAACAUAUGCUUACUGACAAUUAUGUAUUUAUGACGACCAUAGGUCAAUUGGAGCGUAGACAAUUUCCAUGGUUGAAGCCAGUAGGUUUGUAUUAUAUACAUAUAUUAUGUAAUAUGUCUGUCUGUCUGGCUAAACGCUAGUUGAGUGAUAAUAUUCCCAAGCAGGGGGAUUGAAAAGAUGUCAUUUACAAUAACCUAGUCAUCAUGUUCUGUUCCCAGUAGAUUGCUUUCCUGUUAUAAUAUAUAAAUUUUAACAGGAAACUGACUCAUUAUAUUUAGUGCUUUCACAUACAUGAAUGAGGCCAGAAAUUUUAACGACCCAGUGAUUGCCAUUGUAUAGUGUCACCUGUGCCUCAUCGUCUUCAAAUUAAAGGGACACUAUAGUCACCAAAGCAACUUUAGCUUAAUGAAGCAGUUUUGGUGUAUGGUUUAAGUGAUCCUGCUGUCUCAUUGCUCAAUUCCCUGCCAUUUAGGAGUUAAAUCACUUUGUUUAUAGAGCCCUAGUCACACCUCCCUGCAUGUGAGGGGACACAGCCUUCCUAAACACUUCCUGUAAAGAGUCAUCUAAUGUUUACACUUCCUUUAUUGCAAAUUCUGUUUAAUUUAGAAUGUAUUAUCUCCUGCUAUGUUAAUAGCUUGCUAGACCUUGCAGGAGCCUCGUGUAUAUAAUUAAAGUUCAAUUUACAGAGCAGGAAUUAAAAACUUUUAAGGUAAGUUACAUCUGAUUUAAAAUGAAGCCAUUUUGUUUUCAUGCAGGCUGUGUCAGUCACAGUCAGGGGAGGUGUGAUUAGGGCUGCAUAAACAGAAACAAAAAUAAUUUAACUCCUGAAAGGCAGUAAAUUGAGCAGUGAAACUUCAAAGCCAUGUUCUAUACACCAAAACUACUUUAUUAUGCUAAAGUUGUUUUGGUGACGAUAGUGUCCCUUUAAGCAAUACGUUUUUAUAAUACAUUUUAUUGUAUUUAGUGUGUGCACAUUUUGUUCAGACUUUCACUUAAACAUUCAAUACGUAUCUUUCUUUUGUAUUUCUUUUCCAGCCGUAUUUUAAAAAGCUCAUCACAAAAAAAUGGCUUUCACAACGUACAGAUUUCAAUGCAAUCAUUAAAUCUACUAAGGAACAAUGCCAGUACCUAAAAUAUCUAAUCGCACCUCUUGACAAGGUAUGUUAUGUGGACAUUAUCAGUAACCAGUCAAAGUUAAGUGCGGGAAUGUCUGCAACCAUUUGGAAUCCUCGUAGCCUCACACAGCCUGACAGUAUUUAUAGUACAUGAAAACAGCCUUUUACAAAUGAGUAUUUUCUGCCCCUAACCAGAUUUCAAACUAAAUUGUAAAUCAGUGGUAGAAUAGAUUCAUUAACACGUACCUAAAUAAAUCAACGUUUAAAAGGUAAAAAAACAGAAUUACAAAUAGAUUUUCUAGUUACUGUAUACUCCCCCAUUCACUGAAAUUCUUUCGGGAAUUAGUGUCUUUAUUAGUGAAAAAAUAGUAUUUUCUUUUUAUAUCUGAUGAAAUACUCCAGAAGACAAAAAAAUUAGGCUAGAUGAUAAAGUCUACUUAAAACAGUUUGCACAACUCCUUAAAAUGAAAGAUUACCAGUAAAAAAAAAAGAAAGGACCGUACUCAUUCCAUGAAUCAGCAAAUUCCUACAUUCAGUUUUAUUGGACAAUUACGCACAGAGCAACAUUUCGACCUUAACAUAGGUCUUUGUCAAGCUAGGUCUUUGUUAAGGUCGAAACGUUGCUCUGUACGUGAUGGUCAAACAAAAUCGCUUUAUAAUUGAACCCAGUGAGUGCUUGAAGCCUCUCUUUAGACUCCUUAAAAUGAGACCAAAAUAAAAUACACAUUUAUAAGUUAUCAUAAUACAUUUUUUAAAAGGUUUGUUCAAGAGCUAGAUCAGCAUUGAACCCCACAAUAUCUACAGUAGAGUUCAGUCACGUAGAGAGAUUCUUGAAGUGCCUUGUUGACUAUAAAUAAGCUUGAUUUAAAAAAAAAACAUUUGAGAAUAUCUUCCUAAUGUAUUAUCCAUAUACGUUGUUUAACCCCUUAAGGACACAUGACAUGUCAUGAUUCCCUUGUAUUCCAGAAGUUUGGUCCUUAAGGGGUUAAAAAAAAAGUGAAAGAGGAGGAUGCAGCAACUAAUAUAUAGGAUGGAGUACUGUAUGAAUUGAACAAUAUCUGUAAUACGACUUAACUUUUAAUCAGUAAUAAAAAUAAAAAGUCCAAAAUGGGACUGUGUCAAGAGCAUACUACAAACACUGAACACCUAGUGCUAUGUACAAAAUAUUGAUGACAAAAAAUACCAAAACGAACAAACAAAAAAACAUCAAUCGUUAAAAACCGCUAAGCCAGUUCCACCAAUAUUUAUAAUAAGAUAGGUUCCAAAGAAAAAAAUCUGGUGACUGAUAUACUUUGGUUGUUAGCUUGUAAUAAUGAUUACACAGGGUAAAACAUCUACAAGUAGUUGUUUAUUAGAUAAACGUUCCUUUCUUUGUAUAAACUUCCCUGCAGUAUAGCAUGGUACCAAAAUUACUUCGGCACAUUCCCUGUGAUGAUAGUGAUAUGAAAUCACAUUACCCUUAGUGCAGUUAGCCUGAUCUGUCUUGUAAAUGUUGUCUGGUAAAUGUAACAGAGUACUAAAUAUAAAGGGGGCAAGUGAACACACUUGCUGUGAUUGAUACAAUUGUAGCAGUAACGACUAUAGUUAGUGAGUCUUCCUUUUUGUAACUUAUAAAUAUUAUACAGAGGCUAUGGAAUGAUUACCUGCUAUUGAAUGAGGCGACAAGUAUGGUGCUUAGUGAUAUCAGAUUAUAUUAGAAAGUGACACCAUUGGGGGGCAAAAUAUUUGUUGUAACAGGGGAUUUGGAGCUUGCCUAAGCAUGUAUCUACAGCUCCGGGGAUAGGUGAAAAGGAGAGUACAGAGAAACAGAAGAAGCAAGAUAACUUUCUCUGUUGGGCAUUCAUGGGCACCCCUUACCCUAAAAAAAACCCUGUCCAGUAUAAGCAAUGUCUAUCCCCCAACCACCCCUAGUUUAAUAAAAUGAUCAAGUCCUCUGUAACUUGGUUAUCUGAGAUUUAGGUAAAAGUGCUGUGCUGCUGUUGUAGAAAUAUGAACUCUUAAGUGGCAGGUAACAGACUUAAGAAAAUAUGGUGGAAGUGGCAGCGCAGGGGCUAUUUUGGACUUUUUAUUUUUAUUACUUCUUAAAAGUUGUCUUAUUAUAGAUAUUGUUUUAUUCAUACAGUAUUACAUCCCAUCUAUUAGUUGUUGCAUCCUCCUCUUUUGCUUUUUGUUUAUUGUCUACAACAGGGGUUACCCCCCACUCUGGAUGUAUGCACAUGCUUUCAUUUAUUUAUUUAUGCUCUUUCCUUUCUUUUCUGUACAAGUCUCAUAUACGCUGUUUAUUUUUAUUUACGUGGGACUCUGCGAAUCUCCCUGCAGGAUUAUCAAGCCAUAUUUUCGUUUUAUGUACUGUUAUGGGCUACUAUGCUAGUAAAUAAGGCUCUAGUCUACUAAUUCAAUAUGAGGCUGACUGCUCAAUGCCAGGUAUUAGACUUUAGUGAUAGAAAUUGUGUUUUUGUUGUUGUUGUUGUUGCUAUUUUGUUUGAUUUUCUUGCUUUUCCUCUGCAAUAAGAAGUUAUUUGGUUUGGGUUUUUUUUUUGGGGGGGGGGUACAGGGGGGGCAGGGAGGGUGCCUGAAAGCCACUAGAGGCACCUCAGCAUCAUCAUACACAGCUUGAUGACAUUAAAUACGUCCAAAGCUCCUCAUAGAGAAGCAUUGGAUUUGGUGCUGCUCAUAGUGAAGCACUGCACUGGUGAAGUAUGGGAAUUAUUGUGCAUGCAGCCAAUGUAUCAAAUGCUUCUCUGUGAGAAGAAUUGUAUUGAACAAACGUAAUAAAAAAUUAUGGGAUCAGUGUCGGCGUCAGUUCAGAGCUGCAAGGAGCUGUGCAAUCAGUGCACAGUGCACAUACUGAUCCCAGCAGCAAACCACUAGACACCAGGGAUAAAUGUCUAUAUAUAAAUCAAGUGUGUGUGUGUGUGUAUGAAUGUUAGUGUGUGUAUAUAUGAAUAUGAGUGUGUGAAUAUAUAUGUGUAUGUGUAAAUGAAUGUGUGUGUAUAUAAAUGUGAAUGUGUGUGUGUAUAUAAAUGUGAGUGUUCGUGAGUGUGUGUAUAUGAAUGUGAGUGUGUGUCUAUAUGGAUGUGUGUGUGUGUGUGUGUGUGUGUAUAUAUAAAUGUCAGUGUGUGUGUAUAUGGAUGUGAGUAUGUGUGUGUUUAUAAAUGUGAGUGAAUGUGCUUGCAAUUUCCCUAACAAAAGGAUGUUAUUGACACUGCAGAGAGAUAACACCAGCAACAACAACAUUUUUAGUUUGGCGGGAGAGGCAAUAUUUCCACCCCAGUAGUGCAGACAAAAAGCAAUACAAUAACGUUAAAAAUGAAUCUAUUUCUUCUUAACAUUAGAGUGUUUGGAUGGCAGGCGAGAUGGGGGGGGGUACACUUGCGGGGGGCCUAGUUCAAGCGGCGUGACCGGACUAUAUACCCUAUCCCAUUAUGGCUACCCAGGGACAGGGACCCUAGGAUCAUUAUGCCCUAUCAGAACUCGGGUGGAACCGGAGACCUAGCGCUUCUACUCUCUCUCUCCUUGCAACUUCAUUUAAGACUGUUGCUCUGUACCUAUACACAUACGCAUACACUAAUACUACAAACUUACGUGACGUGGAGUGAGGCACAUGCCUUGACAGAGAUUACUCUAGGCAUACUUAGGAGGAAUACACGAAAGCCUCCCACUCUUGACUGCUACCAACUCUACUCUAGCCCCAGGGACAAACAUAAACAUAAACACCAGGGAGACUGAAUAAAUUGAAGGGCGACGGCCACUGGACCCAAACCUUACCCCUAUGUCUAGGAUUGCUGAGGAUGCUGACGAGCGGUCCAGAUGUGACUGGAAGAGGCCCGCUAUUAAACUGACUGAUACACACGAUUUGACCAAGAACCCACACCCACGAAUCACCAAUUCAACGACAGGACCCAGUGGGAUUAAAAGUUGGACCACAUUAGAAGGACAUGAGGCUACUGAAGGACAACCAAAACCCUAUAAGUAGAUGACAAGGGGAGCGGGGAGACAGAUAUCUUCGACUAUUCUAAGCCUAUUAAUCACUGAAUGUUAGCAACGCAUAUACAUGUGAGACUCAAACUUGCACAGCAUAGUGAUUGAUGUAUUACACCUCAUUUAAAACAGAUCUUAAUGCCUUAAGUACAACAGGGGCCUGCGAGCCCGCAACACAGUUUUUAUUUCUCUGUAAAAAAAAAAAAACAUUAGAGUGUUUGCUUAACGAACAAUGAUUAUUUCUAUAAAUAAUUAAUACACUUUAAAUAUAAAAAACAUUUAAUAUCAUACAAGUUUUGUCACACUUCUGUCAUCCAUAGGGUUAAGAUUGUACUGCAGCGCGUACAAAUCAUGCAGGUCCCAUUGACAUUAUGUCUUCAUCACUUCCUCCAGGCAUCAGCUACUUUUUCAACACUUAUUUUUAACAGCAAUCACAAUCACGUGAUUUCCUGUAAAACAUAUAACCAGGUGCUUGAAAAAUUAUUUCCUGUAACUCUCUUCUAUCAAAAUUGUUUCCGCCCUUAAAAAAAAAAAAAAAAAAUGUAUUCAGUGUUUGUUAUGGUUUGUUUUUUUGUUUUUUAAUUGGAGGGUGUAGGCACAAUUUUUUCUGUUGGGAUUUAUUUCACAAGGUAGAACCUGUGGAUAAAUGAUCAGAAUAUGUCAAAAAAAUUUAAAAAGCUGUCAAAUUUGAAAAAUUCUCCAAAUUUUCUGAACUUCUAUGUUACAUAUUUUAUAAAAUAGUUUGAGGACUUCUUGGGCAGAGGGCAGGGCAUCAUUUGGCCUUACAGCUAUUGAGACAAGAGACUGGUUUAUCCCCUGGACCGGUUAUCAUUGGGUAGGCAACUUAGGGACCUCCAAGUCCAUAUUAUUUUAUUACCCUUCACCGCACAUGUAGUGGAGCCAUUCGUCAGCUCUUUACCCUGUUAUGAAAUAAAGUGUUGAACAUUUAUAUUUCAAAGUGAUAAAGUGCAAUAAAGUUAGUCAUAGUGAAUACAAUGUUCGAUCACGUAAUAUCCAAUAAACAUUAAGGGGCAAAAAAACCCCCCCAGAAAACUCUUUCUUUUCAUGUUUAUCAAAAUACAUAAUGGAAAAUUGUAUUCACUGGAAGUGCUUUUAUUGCACUUAAAAGGACACUCCAGACCCUUAACAAACUUAGCUUGCUGAAAAGCUUAAUAUGUGAAGUGUGUCCUGUUUUUUUAUUUUUAUUUUGUAUUAAGUGCAGAUUUCAGUAGAAAUUUACACUUUUACAAAUUAGCCUGGUUACCCCCAUUUGACUCUUAAUCAGGCAACUGGUCCUGUUACUUCCUGGUUUGGUUAGCUCAGUGGAGCUAAACUCAAGAGGCAGCAAUUGCUCAGAGCAUCUGCCUUACAAAGACUUCUCAUUAAGCAGCAUUGGAAAGUCUGUGAUUGGACAUCCACAGAAAGUCUGGAAGGGGCUAGAGGGGAGGGCUUGCAAAGGCAGCGGACAAGAGAUCAGCAGCUUCUGCAAGCCUUUUCUGGAUAUCCCCAAUGAGAAAAUGCAUAAACAAAUGCAUGGAUGUUUUCCUCUGGGGUACAUCUACUAAACAGUGAUUUUUAUUUUAUUUUGUAUUUUGCUAGUGGAGUGUCCCUUUAAUACUUGGGUGUAAUACAGGACAAUUGGCACGAAAGUGUUUUUCAAGUAUCUUUGAAAUAGAAGUAUUUCUAACAUAUAAUAGUUAGAACCUGUUUGCACAAUUUACAGCUACUUUUUGACCCACCCAGUGAAAAUUGUGCAGGAAUUGAAAAUGGAACCGCAUGAUUAGGAGUUUGCUGAUUAUGGUGUUGUUUAUUUAUUUCUUAUAUAUUUCUUUUCUAUACUUGUUUUGGGGUGUAAUACAGGGCAAGGAGCACAAAACUGUUUUUCAAGCAUCUUUGAGAUAUGAAUAUUUUUACACAAUAUAGUUAGAAUCUGUUUGCGCAAUUCAAAUCUAAUUUUCGUCUCGCCCAAUGAAAAUUGUGCAGGAGCUGGAAAUGGAGCAACACGAAUGCGGACUAUGCGAACUGCGGUGUUGUGUAUUAUGAUAUUCAUAUUGUGAUAUUCGCACAUCAAAAGUAUUUGCAUUGUAGGCCAAGAGGGGGCAAUCAGCAUCCCCUCUCAGAAAUUGUCCUUUAUUUGAAAUGUCCGGAGUAUAGAAGGUCCUCACUUAUGGAGGGGCAGGUGGGUGGAUCCUGCAACAAAACCAUUAAAGGAACACUCAGGCACCAUAACCACUACAGAACACUAUUGUGGUUAUGGUGCCACUGAGUGCCCUUGUGCCAUACAUUUGCAAGUAGUCCAACCAUUUUAGCACAGUUUAACUUUUUUACCUGGGGCCUACGGGGCACUACUCUUCACCUCAACUAAUUUGCUUUCACCCACACUCUGGACAUUUAAAUAAAGGGCCAUUUCUGAGGGGCGGGGGUGUUAAAUAUAACCUCUUGGCCGACGUUGAAAUGAUUUGUAUGUGUGAAUAUCACAAGAUGAAAGUUAUAAUAAACACCACAAUUCACAUAGUCAGCCCACUCCGAUUCAUGUCGCUAUAGUUCCGGUUCCUGCACAAUUUUCACUGGGUGGGGGUGAGAAUUAGUUCUGAAUAACACAAACAGACUCUGACUAUACAGCGUUAAAAAUAUUUAUAUCUGAAAGAUGCUUGAAAAACACUUUUUGUGUCCUUUUUCCUGUACUACACAACUAUUACAGCAUGCGGUAGUGGUUAUGGUGCUUGAAGUAGUCCUUUAGAAAGGUUGUGUUUUUUUGCAACUAACAUCUGGAUGCAAAGAGAGGAGAAGUGUUGCCUCAUGACCAGUUCUGUACUAACUGAUUAUGUCAAACAGGUACAGGAAAGGUUCAAUGUGGGUUUUCACUUUCCUGCACAUGACUUGGGGUUUUUUAUAUAUAUUUUUUAUUUUUCUAUCUUUGACAUCCGUGCCAUUUUCAAUGUUGCUCAGGUAGUUUCGAUGGAGGCGACGGAAUGAGUUUGUUGCCUGUCAUAAGGUCUGCUUUCUCAGUGAAAGUUUUUUGUUAUUAUUGUUACCAGUUAUUGACACCCUUCAGUCCGUUGCAUGUACCCUUCAGAUGUCUGAAUAGGCAGCACAUGGGCACAAUGUUAAGCAUGUGGUCAGGAAGGAUAUUUGGAUGCCCCUUUAUUGGACCUUAGAUAUAAGAGCUCCAGGAGCUCUUUUGUCACCGUAGCUGCUUGCCCCCCAGUAGGUCCUCCCUUAUAGAGGGGCAGAAGAGUGGAUCAUAGAAACAUAGAAACAUAGAAACAUAGAAUGUGACGGCAGAUAAGAACCAUUCGGCCCAUCUAGUCUGCCCAAUUUUCUAAAUACUUUCAGGAAGGCCAAUAAAGUGUUUUUUUGUAAAUCCCAACCAGCUGCAACAAGAGAUAUGUGUUAGAAGAAAUGUGUUGGCAGUAGAUUAAGCCACCCUCACAUUUAUCUCAACUAGCCAAGCAUCUUAUUUUUCUGCCAACCUGGAAACUUGAUAAGUAUUUGAAAUACAGUUACCGAAGCAAUUACUUAGCAGGUUAAUAUACUUAGUAUAUAUUAGUUAGUAUACUUCCCAAAUUACCCUCUUCUCUUACAAUACACACAUUGAUGUUUCUCAGAAAACUUUGUGUUUUGAAACCUUUUCUUUUACAUCAGAUUCAUCCUUCGUUAGUUCGUCCAUCCACCAUCUGUCUUCUUCACCACCUGCCUUGACAAUACAGAGCGGAAACAGCACAUGUUCACUAGUCAAUGCUAUUCAUGAACCCGUGAGGUCAGGAAGGAUGUUGUACAGUAAAGGAGGAUAUCGAGUCAGCAUUAUUUACUAUGCAUUGACCUCAUCGGCUUUAUCCUAGAAUAGUAAUGGCUUACCUUGUCUCUGCAGAGGUUUACAUUUCCCUAAUGCAGACUCAAUGUCAUAGGAAACAUAGUCCUUAAAUUUCACUAAUAACAGUCUGGACAUCACAAAAAACAUAAUCCCCGAACAUCUUCAUUUCUAAAAGUACUGAUCACCGCCACAGUUGGAAAUUCAAAAUGAAUUCAACCAGACUUUAAAAUUCAAGGCCAUACAAACUGCACGUUAAUUGUAAAUCUGAAUAUAUAACAACAUUUACUAUGUCCCAGAGGAAAAUAAUAGAGUAAAUUUGGUUGUCAUGGUUGGAUUGGUAACCAUUGAAAUGAUAACUCCGGACGUCCUUGUGCUUAGAUUCACUACUCUACCAAUCAGUGUCUGUCCGCUCGGACCUCGUCUCUUUUAGGGAUGCAUUUAUUCUGCUCACGCCCUGGUUUAUGCCACUUUAUUGACCAGUCUGAUCUAGUAAUGUAUUAGAUUAGUAUGUUAUGCACAUUCUCUGUACUUUUUCAGAUGCAAUCCCAUACUCCCUAUGCUGAGUUUGUUCACUUUGUGCACAAUUAACAGUAUUGAUAUAUAAUGUUACUCAUCUACCUUAACUAAUUUGAAACCAAGAAACUUUCAUUCAAAGCCACACUGUCACCACUGUCAGUCUUUAUACUCAUAUUGACUGUUGUCAUUAAAUUGAAAUUCCAAACUUUCAAGAGAUAUACUUAGACAAAGUAGGAACUAUGCCCGACCCUUCAAAACACUCGGUGGAGUUACUACCGUCUAGAGGUUUGAAUCCCACCAGCUGGGAAUUAAGCCUAUCUUUGGAGGAUCCUGUGAUCUCAUACGACCCUCCAUAGACCUCAGUGCUGCAUGCGCAAGAGUACAGCAGUCACAUUUGUUCUUCGCGCUUAACCAUCACGGGCUGAAGAGGACCUUAGACAACAUGAUGGCAGCGCCCACAAGGGACAGGUUUAGUUAAUUAGAAUUCACCUUUGCCCGCCCCCCAGCCAUGGGUCCGCCAGUAGCAAUGUCAGCAUAGGGGGUGGCCUUGCAAAUUCUGCAAAGUCCUCAGACAUUGACAGUGCCACUUUAAAAAGAAAAUGGCUAAAUCGAAAUCAAAUCUAAGUUGAAGAACUUAAUAUUGGAAUACAAAAUUCACUUUGAAUUCCUAACAAUUCAUACUUCAGUGAAUAACCCAGAUAUUGGUCUCACACAUAUAUACAUGAUCUCAAAUGAAGGUAUAAGGCAUAACCCAUCCAUCCAGCUGUUGUAAUAUCACAAAAGAAAAUAAACUAAAGAAGUCAACCCCAUAUUUUCUUUCUGUAGACACCUCUUACGCAUUCUUAUAUUUUAAAAGUAUUGUAAUUAUGCUACAAUUAUUAAAAAUUGUAGUGGUGACUGAUUGAAUUAAUUUGUUUAAUUAUUGUAGGGCCUACCUUUUUUCAUUUAAAAUUUAAAUACCCACACUUUUUUUUUUUUUGCUCUGCUUUAAUGCUUGUUUUCGUUCAACAGGAGUUUGUCAACGAUGUUCACAAGCAUCUUGUAAAAGGAUAUCUCACAGAGAUCAUGAAGAGAAAAAUGAGUUUAACAAUGAGCCAACGUAAAAAAGCAUCUCAAAUAAUGAACCAGGAGGGUACUGACUUAAACUCUGCAGUACAGGAUCUGGUGAGAAUAACCUCGUGGGUGCACUAUAUAAUCAACACAAAUCACUGCAAUAUGCCCCAAAGCGAUAUAUUCCUUGCCAGCACCACCACUUUCCAUCACCUUCCUCCAUAGAAGUCAAACUGGAUGCGAAAAGAUACUACCAUAGAGGUCACACUAGACAUGAAGGGUUUCUACCAUAGAGGUCACACUAUACAUGAAAGGAUUCCACCAUAGAGGUCAAACUAAAUGCGAAAAGAUACUACCAUAGAGGUCACACUAGACAUGAAGGGUUUCUGCCAUAGAGGUCACACUAGAAAUGAAGGGUUUCUACCAUAGAGGUCACACUAGACAUGAAAGUAUUCCACCAUAGAGGUCAAACUGGAUGUGAAAGGAUUGGCAUUCAGUAUGAGCACUCUAUUGUUAAAAUCUUGGACAAUAGAAAUGACAAUGUAGAUUUUUGUCAGUAAUAUAUGAAAUAAGUGUUUUUGAUUACACUAGAGGAAAGUUGUCUUUCAAUAUGUAGAAGCAUGAACCUUUGAUACCAAAUCCUGAAUAUAAAAGUUCUAAUCUAUUAUUUAAAAGCAACACUGAAAUGGUGCUUCUUAAAACAUAUUUUAAAAAAUAAAUAAAUACAUUAGUGUGCAUAAAAUCAAGACUACGAAAAGAGAAGUGAAUGUCGACCUGUGAUAUUGUGAAAAUAAAAUAAAUCUUAGGAAUUUAUCAGGACAGGGUGAGAUGCUAGACGUGUCUUCCUUGGACAGUGUAGGCCUCAAAUAAGACAUCUUUAGUCAAUCACUAGUGUGUAACAUCAGCUUUGCAAAGUGAAUUUGAAAUUUGAGGCCACAGUAGACAAAUUGGGAGAAUUCUUCAAGUAAACUGUUUUCCGUUCGGCUAUUUUGGCAUAAAAUUUGAAGUACUCCCUGUCGAUUCAUAUUCUAGUAAAUAACCCUGAGAGUCUGUAAUCUUCUCGAACGUAACUCUGGAAUGUUUCUCAAACAACUUGUCACUUGGAUACAUGUGUACAAGACUGACAAUUGACAACAUUCCAUGUUCAUCAUUGGUCAAACAUGUCUAUUCUCACUCCUGGGUUUAUUUACAAAGGGACACUAAAGUCUACCAGAGUUAUUGAAAGCAUAGCUGACUUAAAGAUUUUUUUUUUCAGUUUGGCUAUCUUCACCAGAAAUUUGAAAUUCAAUUUGAAUUCACCUUGAAUGCUCACUUUAGUUAAUAACCCUAAAAAAAAUGUAAUGAUCACGAAAACCAAAAAUAGUGUUUUAGCAUUAUCUUAUCAUUAUAUCAUUAUUGGUAACGUUGUAACAAGAUUGUAAGCUGGAUAUGUCAUUUCUUAUGAUAUUCUACACCUUCUACAAGAGUAAUGAUAAUUUUUAGGUUAAGUAACAGCUGGUCAAUAGACUAUUUAAUAUCAGGAACAAUUGUGUUAAAUGUUCCUCUCAUAAUACACUUUGUAUUUUAAUUUGUUUUCAAUUUCUAGGGUUCUGCACACGAAUAUUUAUUUUCUGCUAUUCACUGUAUUGCUGAGAUAAUUUGUUUGAGGAAAAGAGAAGAAAUUCAAUCGAAGCUCGAUAUAUUAUACCAGACGUAUCCAGAUAUUAGGUACAUUUUUCUAAUGCAGUAAACCGCGAUAAGUCUUCUAAUUAGUGAACUAAAGAGUUUUGGAGGAGUAGGACGGUGGAGUUGGGGGCAGGACUUUAGGCACUAUAACAACUUUAAUAAGUGGCUACAGUGUUCCUUUAAGGAUUCAUUUAAAGAGAUAGACAUUUAGAGAGAAAGCUGAGUGCAUAAAGAGAACGUCAGGUUGAGAUAAGGUGUACACAGAGAACUGGGUAGAGAGAAACGCUUUUAGCGAGAACUAGGUUUAGAGGCAGUUAGAAGUGACUUUAGAAAAUCAUACAGAAAUUGAGAAAAACAAAAUUAUAUUAUUAUUAUAUUAUACAGUAUUUAUAAUGAAAUAAAUAGAAAAUAAAUAUAAUACAAUAUUCAGAAAAUAAAAUGUCCCUCUUGUGGUCAGCCACUUAGCUCGUUGUAUAUCAUAGAAAAAAAGUAGUCUGCAUUAGCUUGGAAUCUAAAAGCUAUGUUUGCAUAACUAUAUCUAGUAACACAGCAUUAUUGGGUCGGGUCAGAGAAGAGAAGUGAAAAUUGAACCAUCUCCAUUUUAGAGAUAGUGACUAAUACUCUACACUUCUUUCACAGUGACGAACAUAUAUUUUCCAUCUUCCAUCUACAAGGCAUACGAAGGAGCAAAAAAACGUUAUUGAUGAAUUAUUUUAGAGGAUUGCAGAGGAUGGAACCCCAUCCUCCCCCCAAUCAAACUCUGUUUUCAGAGAUCGAGAAUUCAACGAGAACAACUUGCUUCUAAAGUUUUCAUUUUGUUUACCUGUUAUUACGUCAGUUUAUAUGAAAACCUAAUUUUAAAUAGGCCAGUUGGUUUUAAUCUACUGAAAUAGUAUUUUUAAAUAUAUUAAAUCUAUAUAUAUAUUAAAAAAAAAAAAAUCUCCUUUGGCACAGUAACCUUGAAAUUGUUGUUUUUAUCAUAUUUCAAUACCAGACUUCCAUAGGGUCCAUUUUCAAAAUGUUUAUAACAUGUUUUUUUCCAUACCAGUGCUUUGUGAGUGCUAUCUUAUUUACAUACUUGCAAGGCAUUCUGGAAGAGUUGUAAAACAUAAUCUUCCAAGGCUGCUGUGACCAAAGAGAGUUCUUUUUUUCUUUUUUUUAUGAUACUAUAUUAAAUUGUAUUUUUAAAAAUGUAUUUAAUUCUAAUUUAUUAUUUUUUUUUAACCAUAUAUGGGGCCACAAUAACAGGGUUAUUCACUAAAAUAAGAAUACAAGGUGAAUUCAAAGUAAAUGUUAAAUUUAAUGUCAAAAUAGCUGAACUGGUCUGUCGGCUAUGCUUUCAGUCUACUCUGACCUUGAAUUUGAAAUUCUCUUAGAAUUCACUUUAAAUUCUCAAUUUAGUAUUCUAAACCCCGUAAGUGGUAUGAAGUCACUGUAUGAAAAUGGUACAUGGUAUGAAACCACGGUAUGAAAGUGGAAAUCAUCUUGAGAAAGACCUCGGUUAGAGGUUGAAAUUUUGCCAUGUGCUUGAUACACAAUGUUCCACUGAAGCUGCCUGUUAUUUAGCCCCUGAGUCCGGACUAAAUGGUGACAAUGUGUUGCAGGUGGCACAGUUGCAGACAGGAUAUGAAGCAGCCGUAGAGAUAUAUCGUAAUGUUCUGUGUGUUGUGUAGAUAAUACAGGGUGGGUGGUGUAGUCGAUACCUUGUGGCUUGUGGCCAGGAAUCCGCAAAACCCCUUUCAACUGCUAUUGUCAAUGCUGUUGAGAGAUUGCUUUGUGUUUUUUUUUUUUUUUUAGUAUUAUUUGUGUUUAACGUAUGUUACUCUUGCAAAUGCAGAGCUGGCUUACUACAUCAUGGACCUUUAAACAUGCCAGGCGAAUGCUCGUUAAUUCUGAAGAAUUAAAGUAUCGAUAAAUUAAUUUACUAUAGAAACACUAUAGUCCGCUAGACCACUUUAACUCAAUGAAGUUGCAUAGGUGCAAUGGUUCUGUCAUUUUAACUUUUCCAUGUAAAACAUUGCAGUAAACCAUUGCAUUUGAUUGUAAGAGCACAGCAUUUGGCUGCGCAUGCAUACCUCUGAUCCAUUACUUCUAGAGGAUGAGGAGUCCCGGUGCUGGAAACGAGGUGAGAAAUAUUUAUUUUACUUCUACAGAAGGGAGCCUAUUGUCCCGAAAUGCAAUUGUUAUUUUCAGUACUAUAGGCUCCUUUUAAAUAUUGCAAAUCAUUUUCAAGAAUCUAGUGUUUAUUUUAUUUAUUUACUUCUUUGCACCCAUGGUUAUAUUGCAGCAACAAAAUAAUGAUGGCUCAAUUCAUAUGUCUCAAUUUAUUAACAGUAAUUUUUGUGCAUUUUAACCCUGUAUAACCUAAUUAUAUUAUAUGUGGUCAUGACAUGCAUUUUUGUAAUCUCUCUUUUGAUGCCAAGUAAAUUCAUACUGUUUAUCACCUGUACAGCUGCGUGCUUUGGUAUACAAUCUGUUGGUAUAUAGGUCUACUCACUGGGUCAACCUUUGGGUCAUUUUUUGUAGCCCUAAACUGACUAAAUUGCAACAAGCAUUUCAAGUGAAAACUGUCACAUUUAAUUGUAGCCUCAAUCACAGACAGUGUAUCAUUCGAUAGUUAACUGCAUGCUAAAAACUGAUGCGACCACAACCACAUUGUUCCGUAACAUUUCUUCAACACUUUCCAUAUUAUUUUUAAUUAAACACAUUUAAUUUAUAGAUCACAAUGUCAUUCGAAAGACACUACUCUGGAAGUUUUAAUACCAAACAUAUACUAUAAAAUCCCUGGUUGGUCAAUUAAAGCACUGUAACACUAAUCAUGAUACCUAUUAACUUCUCAUAGCAUUUAAUUUCCAUUUACCUAAAAGUCUUGUUGUCUACUUGUGCCUAUACUUGACAAUGCGUCGGUUCUAGGUGUUUGUGCUGCGCAGAUCAUAUAUAUUUUAAUGUUAAUUAUGCUUAGUCACCCAUCAACCAUUCACGCACUUGAUAUGACAUUUUGACCUUAUUAUUACAUUGUUAUCCUUUAGCUAGACUCCACAUACAGGAUUCCUUUUAAUUCUCUAUUUACUAUUAAUAUUACUUUCACCUCUGCCAAAACAUUUAUCAUAUAUCCUAAUUGCUUCUGGGAUUCAUUCCUUAAAACGUUAAUGUCACACUGAUUACUCCAGUAAACUUUAUAAACCGUGAAUUGCAGAAUAAAAAUAAAUUGAAAUUAAAUAGAACUGGCAGCUUAUUACAUAGGAUCUAUGUGACCAACGAACUCUAUGGAUUGACAUUUCCAAAGCACAAAAUUCAGGUUAAAUUUCUAGGUAGUUUGACAAUGUGAAAGAGAUGGGUGUAGGAUUGAGACGACUUUGUGGAAUUUCCCACAUUUGAUUUUGAUAAAUGGUUUCUGAACUAUGUUUAAAAAAUGAUACCAAUUACGUGAUGUUUUCCAAACUGUACCUUGCAUUGUAACCAUUAGAGAACCUGGUCGAGUAAUGUCCCCAAAUAUAAAUAUUUUAUUUAUUGCCUGCAGUUGGCACUUUAUUACAUUAUUAUAUACAUGUUUUAUAUGUUGUUUUGGUAGAUGACAGUCAGGAGGGGUUGCUGUUAAAGAGACCUUAGCUGCACACCCCUCCAUUAGUUACGUAGGGUGGUGGUGUGAUAUUGAUUACCCAGCUUUGUAGAACGUGCUGGUCAUUAGGAUCGUUGUAUCAGCAUCAGCAACAAGCUGUUCAUGGGUAAAGAGGAAGGAGUGAGGACAUAAUAUGGAAAAAACGGUGCUAUGUCAUGACAUACCCCACCUCUCUGUUAGUGUAGGGGUCAGUAAGUUUUGUUUUGGGCUCAAGCCCCAGGUGUUUUUGGAACCAUCACAAGCUCAUUAUUGUGAUGGUUAAUAAUUGAAAAUCUCACUCACUUAGGGGUGGUGGUGGGGGGACACACAGAGCUUGGCUUUUGAUGAAGCAAGUCACACAAGUAUGGAGCUCCUGAGGAAGCAAUUGAUUUAAAGGGUCUAUUUUUACCUAAAUCACUAGUUUCAGCUUUUACACUCCUCUACUUGCCUGGAGAAUACCAGAAUAAUCCGAAUUUAGCUGGCAACACACGAACCAAUCGGAGUAGAAGAAAUGGCUAAACCCCGGCCCAAGGUUUGUUUGUACCUCUCACUUGGGCCCUGUUCCUCCAACCUCUGGACCAGCAGGGAAUAUUCUGGUCCCCACUGGAGUGAUUACUUUGCCUCUCCUGAGAAACUCUUGUUGCCCAGCUUUGCUUGACUCGUUUCCAACAUGGCUUACCUAUCUUUCCUUUGUGAUGGAUAUGUUUCUGCAAGCUUUUGACCAGCUUUAUAAUACAACUUUGGGCAAAAUUGCAUCAAUACAUUGCUGGUGUUUCACCUUAGCUUCAAGUCUUGGAUCUAAAGCUGAUGUCUCUGUGUCGACUCCCCAAGACACUUUUAGUCUGUUACAACAUUUUUUGGCUCAGAGAGACUCAGCACAGAUCCCAACCUCGGAGGGCCUCGGUUCGAUGCCAUCAAGUGCCCAUUGAUGGUUCCUAUUGAUUACAGCACUACGCGUGGCUGGACCACUGCUUAAACAGGCUCUAGUGUGGCCUGGGCUUGUAGACCUGACUCAGUCUUAAGACUGUAUCUGUAACAAGGAGUGAAUAUGUUAGCAUAUGAAUUGGCUGAAUUAUGUGCAGGUCUGACAGCUUAGCAUUGUGUUUAAUUCUAUUUAAUUUUAGUUUAAUCUAAUCCCACAAUCAUCUCAAUAUUCUGAGAAACCAGGCUGGUGGCAUACAUUUUUUUUUCUCACCCAGUUGUAUUUCGUUCUAUGUAUUUAUGUGUGCACCUAUAUGCCAAGUGUAUUUUUUUCCUUUUAUUUUGCUCUCUCUGUAUAUAAUGUAUAUUCCUCACGAUAUAUCUAUUUCUAAAAAAAACCUUGUUUCCAUUCCUGUAUAUUAUACUGUAUUACUACUGUCUAACUAUGCUUUGUUUAUACUGCUGCAUUGUACCACAGCUAAGUGAUAAUCGUCCUAAUGUCCUGGAAUGAGAUUAAAAAAAAAAAAUUGGAAAAAAUUAAUAAAAUAAAAUCUCACUCAUUUAAUUUUAAAGUUUUACAUGCCAUGCCUAACACACUGAACUCCUAAAUUACUGUGUGUGUAUAUAUGUAUGGUACAUUCGCGUGUAUCACUGUAGGAAUGCUGGAACGAAUUUGAACAUUGGGCCUGAGGCUUCAUGGGGUUACAAAGUAACUCAUAAUGCAAAAGGACAGUAGAGGGAUUUUUUUUUUUUUUAACUAGGGUUAGGGAACAAGGUGCUGUCACUUUUAGAGAAAAGUUGUGUUUUUAAAAAAAAAAUAAUACCCCAUCAAUAUGGUGGAAGCAGAGCUGUAAUUCCACCUUGACCCAUACCAUGCCAACGAUUUGGGCAGUGAUUGGCUGAGAUUCAAAUUGCUCAGAUGAUGCUCUCAGACUCUGCAUUGAUUGGCUGAGAUUGCUCAGCUGACUCUCUCAGCCAAUCACUGCCUACUAUUGCUGGUAUGGCAUGAAGCAGAACUUAUCGUCGCCAUUUUGUCAUUGGACGCUGGGCUGCAUGAUGCUUGGGACCAAACAUUUUAGCAAUGAUGUUGGUCUUGGCUCCUUUUUACUCCAAGCACCAUAAUCACAUCAAUAUGCUAACGUGGUUGUGGUGCCUACUGUGUCCCUUUAAGUGUGUGACUUUUCAACUGUUGAAAAGUAUGAUCUGGUCUGUACAUGUACUUGGAUGUCACUGGAGAAGGACCUGUUCCCUAGCCAAGCAUUUUUUUGUAAAUUAGUCGUUUUUGUUCUUUCAUAUAUUUUUUUUUCAUAAUUUUUUAUUUUUGUGGUGAAGAGAUAUACAUACAGGUUUGUACUGGCAUAAUAUAGAAGGCAUACAUGACAACAUAGAUAAAUCGCUUAUGUCAGAUUACUACAUGCUAAUUUUUAUUUUUUCUAAAGAAAAGUGUAACAAGUAAUAUAAUCAACCUAUCACAGAGUGAAAACUACCUUAAUAAAGAAGGAACUUGCUUGACAAGAGGAUUAGUAGGUUAGUAGUAGGUAGUAGUUGCUAAACUAGUGAGAUGAAACGGUAUGUCAGUAGUAGAGUGAUAAAGGUAAAAGAUAGGCAGUAUCGACUGACACAUUGCAGAUUAAGAUGUACCACUGGGCAUAAAACCAGACUGUGAAAGAGCUGUCAGCAUAUAGCAUUUUAAAUUAUGGUGGUAACUAUCUUAGCCUAUGCCUGAUGCAUAAUGCUUAGUGAGCCAGAGAAAAAGAUGCCAGGUGUCCCGCUGAACUGUGCCCCUGCAGCCCCUAGCUGUGUUACAGACCACUAUAUCCAUCUCACAAGUCUAAAUUCGAGUCGCAGGUUGGACUUGAUCUUGUGGCCUGGUGCCAGGCUUCUGUAUGGCAUGGUGAGUAGGAGCCUUCUGAGGGUGUGAGUGGUGGGUCAAGGAGUAUCCCAUGAUGGAUCUUGGCCCAGGUAGGUGAUGGCACUCAGCAGGACUGGACUUCCACUUCCCCCCUGUCAGCACUGAGUCAGGGUCUCUCCCAGUGGGUCUCAGCUUGGCCUUUCCUUGCCGUGAAUCUCAUGGGAGUGAAGCUGCAGCGGUAGGCCUAUCCACUUGUUGGUGGGUACGAUCAGGUGAAGUGGUAGCAUGGGAGUUGCAGGCUACUCUUAUCCAGAAAUCCCUGCACAGCUCAUCAAAUCUGACCUCGAAUCUCUGCACCCAGUCCUGGAUCCCUGGGUCUGCUUGAUGUAAUGGAUGUUCCAGUAUGGCGGCCAUCUUGAACUCAAAACGUGUUUUCAGGAACACUGUGCUCAAGUUGUCCACUGUACAGUAGUGAGUAUACCCAGCGGGGACCGGGAUAACCCCCAUCGGUCCAAAGGGGGGAUGAUGGGGCUUUGGUAGGUUCCCUGUGGAAUGCACAACUAUGAACGGGAGAUCGACCGCCUCUCCCAGCUGUCAGGUCGGCAAUCCCGGUAGGCCGCAGAGCCAAAUGGCAGAUUAGGUGAUAAUUCCUGGGCUGUCAGUGUCCCCCUUUAGUCAGGAUGCUUGCUAUGUGUAAUUUUGAGCCUUCCUGUACUAAAAUGCAAUUUUAGCUAGUUUAAGGCUUCCUCAGGUAGAAGUUUCUGGAAAACACAUCUUACCAGUAUGAGUCAGGUCCCGCCCCCCUCUUCCAUAUUUUAUGCAUGUAUUUAAUGUAUAGAAAAUGUAUUGAAAUUAAACAAUGAAAUGUUUCUUUAAUAGAACCCAUGGUUAUACUAUGAAAGGAUAUACACUUAAAUGCCCUAUUCUUGCAAUGUAUGCAGUACUCUAUUUACAGAAUGGAGAAGUUUCUCUUAGUCUUUCACUUUCGAGUUUUACACGGAAAAAGGGAUUAGGGUAUUUUUGUUUAGCAAUGCCAAUUCAGAUUAACUAAUAUUUCUAUAAUGAAAUCCAAAUGUAAGAAAUGUCUCUCUCAAUGCGCAUAUUUAUUGACUAAUUGGGUUAUGUGUACAGUUCCUCCUUAAGAGUAAAACAUUUUAAAAUGGUUCUUGGAAAAUUAUUUGUGGUUUACACUAAAGUCUGGUUUUAAGGUAUUAUAGGUCAGUUCAUAUAAAAGUCACUUUUUAAUGUUUACCUGUUUGGAACGGCAUUCCAAUUGUUUGGCCCAUUAUCGGUAAAUGAUUGAGUAGAUAAAUAUUCUCUUACUGAAUUUGAGAGUACUUUGUUUUGUCACGUAAACACUAUAGAUUCUC